GCUGGUGAGCGUUCUACGUAUCUGCGUGUGCGCGCGUUCGUGAAUAGCCAUGUGAGCAGCGUAAGGACACAGAGAGGAAGUGUGAGUGCAGGUAAAGCAUUUCCACUAGUAUGCUGGGCACUGUGUGUAUAUAUAAUAUACAUAAUAUCAUUAGUGGCAUGAACAGCCCAGGGUUAAGAUCUGUUUCUGUAUAUUAUCAAUGUAAGAAGCACAGCACAGUGUGUAUACUGCAUAUAAUACCAUGCACACUGUGUAUACUGUAUAUAAUACCAUUAACACUGCCCAGCACACUGUGUAUACUGCAUAUAAUACCAUGCACACUGUGUAUACUGCAUAUAACACCAUUAACACUAAUAUUCCCAAUACUAUAUACAUCAUUAACACUAAUAUACCUAAUACAGUAUACUAUAUACAAUGUCACUAAUACAGUAUGCAGCAUCAUUAACACUAUAUACUAUAUACAAUAUCACUAAUACAGUAUACUAUAUACAAUGUCACUAAUACAGUAUACUAUAUACCAUGUCACCAAUACACCUAAUACAGUAUACAGCAUCAUUAACACUAAUAUACCUAAUACAUUAUACUAUAUACAAUAUCACUAAUACAUUAUACUAUAUACAGUGUCACUAAUACAGUGUACUAUAUACCAUGUCACUAAUACUAAUAUACCUAAUACAGUAUACUGUAUACAAUGUCACUAAUACAGUAUACUAUAUACCAUGUCAUUAACACUAAUACAGUAUACUAUAUACCAUGUCACUAAUACAAUAUACUAUAUACCAUGUCAUUAACACUUGUAUUCCUAAUACAGUAUACUAUAUCUUAUAUAAUUGAUACUAGUAUAUCUAAUAUAGUAUACCACAUACAAUGUCAUUAACAUUAGUACAGUAUUCUAUAUACAGUGUCAUUAACAGUAGUAUUUCUAAUACAGUAUACUAUAUAUAAUGUAAUUAACACUAGUAUACGUAAUACAUUAUAUUAUUAUUAUAUAAAGCGCAAACAUAUCCCGCAGCGCUGUACAAUAGGUGGAUUAACAGACAUGUAUUUGCAACAAGAUGAGUUGGACACACAGGAACAGGGGGUUGAUGGCCUGCUCAAUGAGCUUACAUGCUACAGGGAGUAGGUUAAAUGGUGGGAUUUAUUUCAUGUACGGGAAAAGGAAGGUUACUAGAACAGUUCACAAUGAAGGGUCCUGCCAUACUAUCUUCUUGUGCCUCUGUGACUUUUUUAUAGCUGAUUUUUGUGCAUUUCAGCUGGCUGUACAUGACAUUACAACAUACUUGGGAUCAUCAUACUUUGAAUCAUGUUCUUCCCCCGGAAGAUGGCUCCGGCACUGCUGAGUUUCUGUCAAUGGCAUUGCCGUCACAGAAGGCAUUUAGGGGCAGUUUCGAAGCUAAGCGUGCGGGAAGCACUUGCCAGUGUUGAAGGGAGUCCUAAUAGUAUUAAACUACAGGUAAACAGCGCAAGAAAGUCAUAUGAUUAUACUUUCAAAUAGACAUCUUAAAGGGACACUAUAGUCACCUGAACAACUUUAGGUUAAUGAAGCAGUUUUGGUGUAUAGAACAUGCCCCUGCAGCCUCACUGCUCAAGCCUCUGCCAUUUAGGAUUUAAAUCCUUUUGCUUAUGAACCCUAGUCACACCUCCCUGCAUGUGACUUGCACAGCCUUCCAUAAACACUUCCUGUAAAGAGAGCCCUAUCUAGGCUUUCUUUAUUGCAAGUUCUGUUUAAUUAAGAUUUUCUUAUCCCCUGCUAUGUUAAUAGCUUGCUAGACCCUGCAAGAGCCUCCUGUAUGUGAUUAAAGUUCAAUUUAGAGAUUGAGAUACAAUUAUUUAAGGUAAAUUACAUCUGUUUGAAAGUGAAACCAGUUUUUUUUUUUCAUGCAGGCUCUGUCAAUCAUAGCCAGGGGAGGUGUGGCUAGGGCUGCAUAAACAGAAACAAAGUGAUUUAACUCCUAAAUGACAGUGAAUUGAGCAGUGAAAUUGCAGGGGAAUGAUCUAUACACUAAAACUGCUUUAUUUAGCUAAAGUAAUUUAGGUGACUAUAGUGUUCCUUUAAAUGUGAGAACUGUGGAUUUUAAUACAUUUUAAAUUAGCUUUAAAGAAGAAACAUGCUUAUUAUAAUGUCUCUGUUUUUGCAGUAACUCUAUUCCAACCUGUGAUUCAAAAAAAUCUUAGCAGCAACACUUCAUUAGCCUCCGGUAAAGAUGAAAUCAAAUCCUUUUAGUAUGAUACAGGAAGUGAAGUUGUUGUAUGAAGAUUCUUUUAUGGGGCUAUUUCCAAGUUAAAUGCCUAAAUAAAAAUAGAAAGGAAAUGGCCAAUAUCUCUAAAUAUAUAACCAUUCCUUUUUUAACCAUGAAAAGGCAAAUACAUCCCACAGCAUGUAAUAAAAUACGUAAAUAGGAGAAUAUAAAAUACAAUCUAGGGCUCUUGCAGGACAUGUUUGGGGAGUUGGAAUGCAGUUUUAAAUACUCACUAUUUUCCCGUUAUUUUUAAGGGAUGGGUACGCUCGGUUAGGUCCCAGAAAGAUAUUUUAUUCCUGCACGUCAAUGAUGGCUCAUCCUUAGAAAGCCUACAGGUUGUUGCAGAACCAAAUCUGAAAACCAGGUGAGUCAUUUUAUCACCUAUUAAAAACUGUAAAGUCAGAGCUCCUUAUGCUGAAUACAAAACGUAAAGAAAUACUAUGGCGUUAGGAAUACAAACCUGUAUUCCCAACACUAUAGUGUCACUGUCCCCGACUUAAUCAGCCACCCCUGCUCACACUCCCUCCCCCCCCCACCAUCCUAUGAUUAAGGUUUUUUCCAGCGCCAAGCCACCCUGUAACAUCACUGUGAUGGUGGUAUGUAAUGCAAGGCGAGCACCAUCCAUGCAUUAAUGCAUCCCCAUAGAAUGCAUUGAAUCAAUUUGAAGCUGUUAGAUGUUAUCAUACAAAGCUUGUCGUUUAAUGGAGCAAAACUCCAAUAAGGACCUGGAAGCGCCACUAGUGGCUGUCUGGAAGAAAACCACUAGAUGUAGAGUUAACCCUGCAAUGUAAUCAUUGCAGUUUCUCAGAAACGGCAUUGUUUUAUAUUGCAGAGUUAAACAGAUAUGAGUACUGCAUUCAGACCACUUCAACGAGAUAAAGUGGCCUGUGUGAUUAUAGUGUCCCUUUAGCGAAACCUGUGAAACUUCAUCUCUGACAUCAGUGCAUUUUAUCUAUACAUGAUUUAUCUGAGCUAUUCAGAAGCGACACAUACAGUGGCGGAACUACCGCAGUCGCAGCUGCGACCAGGAGGUGCGACUGCGGUGCCCUCCCGGCUUUAGCCACUGGGGCCACACUGAAGGGGCCCAAUGAAUUUCCAUGGGGCCCGUUCACUCCUCCCAGCUUACACCUGGUGCAGCGCAGGAGGAGGGAGUCAGAGUGGGAACUCUGACCCCCAUCAGGCUGAGCCACUGGACCCCAGGGAAAGUCACCCUCCUGCACCUAAAAGGUAGGAAACAGGAGGAUGACUAAACCAUUUUGUAUGUAUGUGUCUCUGUAUGAAUGUUUCUCUUUAUAUGUGUAAGUAUGUGCCUGUAUGUGUGUGUAUCUAUGUAUGUGUCUGUAUGUAUUUGUAUCUGUCUGCAUGUGUGGGGCAGGAGGUAUGGGGGGGUCCAGGGCAAUUUUUGCACCGGGGCCCGUGGUUUCCAAUUACGCUCUGGACACAUGUACCGUCUAUAACAUGUGUUCUUCUUAAUAAGUACAUGCUUUGUAUAGGUUUGGGCUGGUAAAUGUAAUAACCUUAAUAAAAAAAAAAACAUUUUCGGUUCUUAUGUUUUGGGCUCUGGCUAAACUCACAGUGUCACCAUUUUGUACUGGGUUAACAUUUGUGCAGUUAGAUGAUACAUUUUAUAAAAUACUUGCAGCAAACGUAAAAUACGGCUGUUGUGUGGAAUGUUGAAAAUGUUUAUUAAUUAUGACGCACAUCCGCUGCGACGGAAACUUAAAAAAGGGACACAUCCGUCGUGCCUGAAAUAGGAAGUGGCACAGCCGGGCAGAAUUGAACACUGAUUACAACAGUAUUCAUUUGGAUGUUGGAGAGCGCAACACAGCACUGAGGAAGACUCCCGCUGGAGUUGAAACUCAUAUGCUGUGUUUUUUUGGGGACUUUUUGUUCAUAUGUUAUGCAAUGACUUUAGGCUACAUGCCUUUUUUAUUUAUUAAACUGCUAAUUUUGUCCCUUUUUUACUUCAUGUUAUUUUGUAUCUCAAUAAAUUGUUGUCUCCUUCAAGACUACCAUCCUAGCAUGUAUAGGCCUCCAGGAGCCCUUUAUAUAGAGCUUGGGAUGGCUCUAUAUCCUGUGAGUUUUAUCCUAUUUUAGGGGCAUGGUGUCUGUUUUAUAGCGUUUGCACUAUGUAUUUUAUUUUUGUUUUUUUAGCUUGUUCCGGAUAUAGACUGUCUAUAUCAUCGGUAGUCAACCUGGUCUCUACCGCCCACUAGUCGGCGGGUUGGGAUUUCAGGUGGGCAGUGGUGGGUUCUGCAGAAAACGCCCAGUGGGCCUCGAUGGCCGUGGACCAAGGCCGGCAGGGGAGAUCCUUUCAUCUCAACUGCCAGCCCAUGCAGAGUCAGCCUUGCUGUAAGCCCUCUCGGGCUGGUGAGGAGAUCACAGAUCUCCCACACGGGCCCGCUGGCACUUAGUUCCAGCAGAGGGAGGGAAUGGCCUGGGAGGCUCUGUGUUCCUCCAGCGAACAGGAUGGUCAGAGCGGUGCCGUGUGUUACCAUGACAAUGCUCCAAUACAGUGCUCUUCCUCCCGGAAGACAGCAGUGUCAGUCUGCAGACAGAGGAGCUGCAGGGUAAAAUGAACAUGCCACCACUGGACCACCAGGGCUUGCAGCAUUAUGUCCCCCCUCCCUGGUAAAAUGUAAAAAGAAGGGAGGAAACAUUAAUAUAGAUUUUUACAUCUCACACACCCACACAAAGCAUAGACCUUAUGCACCCUUCACACCCAUCCCUUACCCCUUCACGCACACCCCUUACACACUGGGGUGAAGAAGUUUUUUAAAACUUCUACAUGGAUACUGUUCAUACCGGACUCCUGCACAAAGAGGGCAUUUUCCCAAAUCUAAGAUGGACGCCACAGUUACACGUUCCGGUUUGUGACGCGACACGUGACGUUCCGGGUCACGUGGGACGCGCCGAAACCGGAAGUAUGACGGCGACCAAUAGGAACUAUUCUGCAAAAAAAAGCACGUCUGUAUGGGGAUUGGAUAAUGAGAAGAUUGAAGCACCAAUCAAGUUGAAAGACACAAUAUUUAAAUCACCACAAGCAGCAAACACAUUACCGAUUGAGACACCACAAAAUAUAAGGCGGAGUAUCUUACAUGCACUUUCUUAGUAGUCCUUUGCAUAGGUACAUUUCUUAUGGUAUGCUCUAAAGAAAGUAAAAUAGCAAAAAGAUAGUGCAAUAUUGCUAGUACUCUUAUUUUUGUAAGUCCAAUCAAGUCUUUAUAAAUGCACACUCACAAAGGUGGAGCCACUAAAGAUUGGGCUCAAGUUGUUCACUUUAUGGGAUGUAAAGGAUCCCACUCCCUCCUCUGUGCUUCAGGUUCCUUAUGCAGGGUAAUCACAGGUUCACAGGCAAAAUAUAAUAAAAUUACAUUUAUUAAUAUAAACAAAAUAAAAAGAAUAAUAUUAAAAGACCUUACAAGCUCUGUUGAAUAGUCUUAGUAGCAAAACGCGUUUCGCCCCUUCAUGGGGCUUCCUCAGUUGCUGUAAAUCUUCAUAGAUGACUCUUCAUUUUUAAAAGCCAUUUACUGCCGCUUUUUUUCCUCUCUCUCUUCAUUUCCGGUUCGCCGGACUUCCGGUUUCCGGUCCUUGCGUUCCACCCUUGGAACGCACAGCCGCCAUGCGUAGCUUUCUUAUGAAGUGCCGAUCUCUUUUCAUCCAGGCUUUUGCGUUCCACAAUUGGAACGCAAUACAGGAUUCCCCCAAAGUCUUUUGUUUAGAACAUUUUUCACAUGUUGUUUGUUGUUUAAUUCUUUAGUUGGUUUUAUGGCUAAUUCUUAUGUAAAAGCAUAUGAUGUACACAGAACUCAAUGUAUAAAACAAUAAAAAAGGAAUGUAAUUUCUAUUUAUAAUAUAAGAAGAAGAAGUGCUAGUACAAAUUACAAAAUAUAUAUAUAUAUAAAUAUAGAGAAAAAUAUGUAUGCAUAAAAAAGGAGGAAUAUAUUUACAUACACACCACUGGUUAUAGAGGUAAUGUCUAAAUGUACAUCAGACUCCUCAUCUCUCUAAAAGGACAAUAUUUCAGCUAAAAUAUGGCAGAAUUCUUAAAUGUAAACCUCUAUGUUAUAGCAUAUAGGUAUAAUAAAAAAGUAUAUAAAAUACAAUCACUCAUAAAAAAAAAAAAAAAAAAUAUUUAAUUAAAAGUAUCGCUAAAAAUGACAUAUCUCAAAAUCAGUAUUAAGACCAUACGGGGCUAGGGAAUUGAAUUCGAAGAUACACUUCAUUUCUUCUUUUCCUAAUUUUCGAAUAUAAUCUCCUCCCCUCCAGUCCCUCUUGACCUCUUUAAUAGCACAAAAGAAUAAAUUGCUUGGAUUUUGAUCGUGCACUUCUUUAAAAUGGAGCGGAACACUAUGUGUCUCCAGCCCAUUUCUGAUGUUCCUGAUGUGUUCCGCAAUUCUUACUUUCAGUGGUCUAAUUGUUCUGCCUAUAUAUAAUAGGUCACAUGGGCACUUCAAAAUGUAUAUAAUUCCCUUUGUGUGACAAGUUAGAUGGUCCUUUAUACAGUAGGGUUUUUUUACAAUGUGUCCUAUGUCUUUCAAAUGUCUUUUUUUGCUAUUAGUUGUUCUACAGGGUAGACAAGUCCCACAUCCAUAAAAACCUUUUAAAUCCUCUAAAAAAUGACUAGGUUUUUUAGGGCUAAGGCAACUCUUAACUAAAAUGUUCUUAAAAUUCUUUGCGCCUCUAUAAAUGAUUUUGGGUUCCGGCUGUAAAACCUUAUUGAGAAUAGGAUCAUCUUGUAACAAAUGCCAGUGUUUUUUAAUUAUUUUCCUUAUUUGUUUAUUCCGUCCAUUAUAAUUGCAAAUGAAGGGUAUAUUGUUACUAUUUCCUUGCUCUUUUUUAGGUUUAUAUUUUAUAAGCUCCUUUCUUGGUAUUUCUUUUACUUCUUUAAUAUUUUUCUCUAAAAUUUCUUUGUUAUAUCCCUUUUCUAUAAAUUGUUGUUUAAUAUACUCGGUUUGUUCUAUAUAAUCGGAUUCUUUUUUACAAUUCCUUCGAAUCCGUAGGAAUUGGCCUCUCGGCGCAUUCUCUAGCCACGGGUUGUAAUGGCAACUGUUUCUUUCUAUAUACCCGUUGGCAUCCACUGGUUUAAAAAUUUUUUUUGUAUUGAUCUUAUCAUCCUCUAUAUAUAUAUACAAAUCCAAAAAGUUUAUUUUCACUUCACUAAUACAGCUUGUUAGAUGAAUCCCCCAAUCGUUUGAAUUUAAAUACGUAAUAAAAUCAUUCAGUUGAUCAUGGUUACCUGUCCAAAUAAAAAAUAUGUCGUCUAUGUACCGGCGAUAGGACACCAAAUAUGCCCCCCACUCAUGGCCCUUGGUUACAAAAGCUUCUUCCCAAAAUGCCAUGAAAAGGUUGGCGUAGCUGGGGGCAAACUUGGUGCCCAUCGCCGUUCCACAGAUCUGAAGAUAAAAUUCGUUCUCAAACCAAAAAAAAUUCAGAAGAGACGAUAGGGGAUUUCCUCAUAAAUUCUCACCGAAGAGAAGCUCUAUAAGGUUAGAGGGAGAUAUCAAUAGGAAGAGAUCUAACUCACGAUUCAUUUCAGAGUCACAGAAUCCACCUAUCACACCCAUUAGGGGAGAACUACAGUACACAACGGCAGUAGGACAUCAUAAGAAUGGAGAUCAUAUCAACACACAAGAAAUAGGGAGACAUUAUCAUGCCACCAAAUCUAGAAUGUAUAGUGAUGUGGUAAAAGAAGGCCCACACCAUUAUCAGAAAACACAUCAAACAGGGAAAAUAGUGAGUUCAAGACAGUACAAUAGUGACAGAUUAGAACCUACUCUGACAAGGAAUAGAAGUAUAAGCAAAUCUUUACCUCCAGACACUCCCCCGUCACCUUCUUUUUUUCGGAGGGAUUUGAUACAGAACAGAAGGAAAUGGACGAACGAUAUACAAUUAUGGGACACACAGGGAAAGAGACAAAGAUCAAUAGAAGAAGAAGAAGAAAGAGAAGAGAUAGGAAGGAGCCACAGAGAGAAGAGGGGGAAGACAUCGAUCUAAAAGGAAUUUUUAAUGUUGCAGAUGAACCACUUACGAAAGAACAAAUAAACAUUUUUAAAAAGGGCUUAAAGUUUGCCCCAACUGCGGAUUUUAAUGCUUUUAAUUUUUUUUAUAGAUAUGAACCAUUUUAUAAGGAAAUUAUGUUUAAAGAAAUUCUUUUAUAAAAGGACAGAGCAGACGUCCAAAGAAAAGGAAAGUAUAGAUGAAUACCAACAUACAUCACUUAAAGAAAAAUCACAAUUUUUUCCACGUCAUCUCAUUUCCCAUGAGAUAAAAACUUUUGAAAAAAUGGUUAUGAAGGAAGUAAAGAAAUACAAAAAAGAGAAUAAGUACCAACAAAAUUUAACAGUAGGAGAAAAGAAAGCACUAAAGGAAAUAAGAGACAAUCCCAACCUGAUAAUCAAACCAGCAGAUAAGGGAGGGGGAAUCGUGAUGUUCAACAGACCUCAGUACUUGAAGGAAGCUAAAAGGAUUCUAUCAGAUUCUACAACGUACAAAAAACUUACAUAUAAUCCCCUUAAACAGACUAUAAAUGCAUUUAAGAAAUAUGUAGAAAAAGGGAAGGAUUUAAAGAUACUUAAUGAAAAAGAAGCUGGAUACUUAUUUGUAACUUAUCCUAAAAUUCCAGUUUUUUAUCACCUCCCGAAAGUGCAUAAAAACAUCACGGAGCCCCCCGGCAGACCCAUAAUAUCAGGAAUAGAUUCUGUCUCCACAAGAGUGUCGGAAUAUAUAGACACUCUCCUACAGCCGUUAGUUUUGGCAACUCCGUCGUACCUUAAGGAUACAAUCCAUAUGUUACAAAUUUUGGAAGAUACAGUUUGGCAGCAAGGUUACUUAUUAGUAACCUGCGAUGUCACUUCCUUAUACACCAUAAUACCUCAUGAGAAAGGGAUGGCAGCAGUACGGCACUUUCUGUCCAAAUCAGAUUUUAAGGGUGAACAGAUAGAUUUUAUUCUAGAGGGCAUUCUUUUAAUUCUGACAAACAAUUUUUUUUGGUUUGAGAACGAAUUUUAUCUUCAGAUCUGUGGAACGGCGAUGGGCACCAAGUUUGCCCCCAGCUACGCCAACCUUUUCAUGGCAUUUUGGGAAGAAGCUUUUGUAACCAAGGGCCAUGAGUGGGGGGCAUAUUUGGUGUCCUAUCGCCGGUACAUAGACGACAUAUUUUUUAUUUGGACAGGUAACCAUGAUCAACUGAAUGAUUUUAUUACGUAUUUAAAUUCAAACGAUUGGGGGAUUCAUCUAACAAGCUGUAUUAGUGAAGUGAAAAUAAACUUUUUGGAUUUGUAUAUAUAUAUAGAGGAUGAUAAGAUCAAUACAAAAAAAAUUUUUAAACCAGUGGAUGCCAACGGGUAUAUAGAAAGAAACAGUUGCCAUUACAACCCGUGGCUAGAGAAUGCGCCGAGAGGCCAAUUCCUACGGAUUCGAAGGAAUUGUAAAAAAGAAUCCGAUUAUAUAGAACAAACCGAGUAUAUUAAACAACAAUUUAUAGAAAAGGGAUAUAACAAAGAAAUUUUAGAGAAAAAUAUUAAAGAAGUAAAAGAAAUACCAAGAAAGGAGCUUAUAAAAUAUAAACCUAAAAAAGAGCAAGGAAAUAGUAACAAUAUACCCUUCAUUUGCAAUUAUAAUGGACGGAAUAAACAAAUAAGGAAAAUAAUUAAAAAACACUGGCAUUUGUUACAAGAUGAUCCUAUUCUCAAUAAGGUUUUACACCGGAACCCAAAAUCAUUUAUAGAGGCGCAAAGAAUUUUAAGAACAUUUUAGUUAAGAGUUGCCUUAGCCCUAAAAAACCUAGUCAUUUUUUAGAGGAUUUAAAAGGUUUUUAUGGAUGUGGGACUUGUCUACCCUGUAGAACAACUAAUAGCAAAAAAAGACAUUUGAAAGACAUAGGACACAUUGUAAAAAAACCCUACUGUAUAAAGGACCAUCUAACUUGUCACACAAAGGGAAUUAUAUACAUUUUGAAGUGCCCAUGUGACCUAUUAUAUAUAGGCAGAACAAUUAGACCACUGAAAGUAAGAAUUGCGGAACACAUCAGGAACAUCAGAAAUGGGCUGGAGACACAUAGUGUUCCGCUCCAUUUUAAAGAAGUGCACGAUCAAAAUCCAAGCAAUUUAUUCUUUUGUGCUAUUAAAGAGGUCAAGAGGGACUGGAGGGGAGGAGAUUAUAUUCGAAAAUUAGGAAAAGAAGAAAUGAAGUGUAUCUUCGAAUUCAAUUCCCUAGCCCCGUAUGGUCUUAAUACUGAUUUUGAGAUAUGUCAUUUUUAGCGAUACUUUUAAUUAAAUAUUUUUUUAUUUUUUUUUAUGAGUGAUUGUAUUUUAUAUACUUUUUCAUUAUACCUAUAUGCUAUAACAUAGAGGUUUACAUUUAAGAAUUCUGCCAUAUUUUAGCUGAAAUAUUGUCCUUUUAGAGAGAUGAGGAGUCUGAUGUACAUUUAGACAUUACCUCUAUAACCAGUGGUGUGUAUGUAAAUAUAUUCCUCCUUUUUUAUGCAUACAUAUUUUUCUCUAUAUUUAUAUAUAUAUAUAUUUUGUAAUUUGUACUAGCACUUCUUCUUCUUAUAUUAUAAAUAGAAAUUACAUUCCUUUUUUAUUGUUUUAUACAUUGAGUUCUGUGUACAUCAUAUGCUUUUACAUAAGAAUUAGCCAUAAAACCAACUAAAGAAUUAAACAACAAACAACAUGUGAAAAAUGUUCUAAACAAAAGACUUUGGGGGAAUCCUGUAUUGCGUUCCAAUUGUGGAACGCAAAAGCCUGGAUGAAAAGAGAUCGGCACUUCAUAAGAAAGCUACACAUGGCGGCUGUGCGUUCCAAGGGUGGAACGCAAGGACCGGAAACCGGAAGUCCGGCGAACCGGAAAUGAAGAGAGAGAGGAAAAAAAGCGGCAGUAAAUGGCUUUUAAAAAUGAAGAGUCAUCUAUGAAGAUUUACAGCAACUGAGGAAGCCCCAUGAAGGGGCGAAACGCGUUUUGCUACUAAGACUAUUCAACAGAGCUUGUAAGGUCUUUUAAUAUUAUUCUUUUUAUUUUGUUUAUAUUAAUAAAUGUAAUUUUAUUAUAUUUUGCCUGUGAACCUGUGAUUACCCUGCAUAAGGAACCUGAAGCACAGAGGAGGGAGUGGGAUCCUUUACAUCCCAUAAAGUGAACAACUUGAGCCCAAUCUUUAGUGGCUCCACCUUUGUGAGUGUGCAUUUAUAAAGACUUGAUUGGACUUACAAAAAUAAGAGUACUAGCAAUAUUGCACUAUCUUUUUGCUAUUUUACUUUCUUUAGAGCAUACCAUAAGAAAUGUACCUAUGCAAAGGACUACUAAGAAAGUGCAUGUAAGAUACUCCGCCUUAUAUUUUGUGGUGUUUGUAUCUCUUUUUUGGUGAAGGUUAAGGGAACCUCACCAGGGUGUUAGAGUCUCUUACACAGUUGCACGUAGCACACAUUGGAUCACUGUUAUUUAUCUUUACAUUACCGAUUGAGAGCUGUCACAGUACAGCGAAACGCGUCUCGGCUGGAAGAAAGGACUUUCCAUUGACUUUUUAUUCAUUUUUCUUUAUAUUUAUAUAAUUUAGCUUAUAUUCUUUUGUUUGCAUUUUAUUUAAUAUUUUAUGAAUAAAUUUUGUCCCACAUUGAAGUCCAUCUUCCAUCUUUUGCUGCUAAAAGAAGGGUGGUAGCCUCCUUAAAGGCACAGAUACCUACACACUAGGAGCUAGGGAUCGACCGAUAUUGAUUUUUCAGAGCCGAUACCGAUACCGAUAUUCUGUGAACUUUCAGGCCGAUAGCCGAUAUAAUUUGCCGAUAUUCUGUACAUUUACCAUUUUGGAAAAUAAAAACUAUUUCUAAAGGUAAAUGCACAAAAUAUACAUGCCACAUGUAGUGGAUGCAGUGUGACAGGGGAGCUGUGUGUGUUUGUGUAGUGUGUGUGUAGUGGAUGCAGUGUGUGUUUGUGUAGUGUGUGUGUUAUGGAUGCAGUGUGUGUUUGUGUAGUGUGUGUGGAGGAUGCAAUGUGUGUUUGUGUAGUGUGUGUGUUAUGGAUGCAGUGUGUGUUUGUGUAGUGUGUGUGGAGGAUGCAAUGUGUGUUUGUGUAGUGGAUGCAGUGUGUAUUUGUCUAGUGUGUGUAGUGGAUGCAGUGUGUAUUUGUCUAGUGUGUGUAGUGGAUGCAGUGUGUAUUAGUGUAGUGUGUAUAUAAUGAAAGCAGAGUGUUUGUGUAGUGUGUGGGUAGUGUGCAUAAAGUGAAUGCUGUAUAUACUAAAUGCAAAGUGUGUGUGUAUAUAAUGAAUGCAGAGUGUGUGUAUUUGUGUAGUGUGUGUAUAGUGAAUGUAGUGUUUAUAUAAUGCAGAGUGUGUGUUUGUAUAGUGUGUAUAUAAUGCAGUGUGUUUGUGUAGUGUGCAUUAUAUAAACACACUACACAAACACACUGCAUUAUAUACACACACCACACACACUGCAUUAUAUACACACACUACACAAACACUGCAUUAUAUAAACACACUACACAAACACACACACUGCAUUAUAUACACACUACACAAACACACUGCACAAACACACUACAUAAACACACACCGAAUUAUAUAAACACACUACACAAACACACUGCAUUAUAUACCCACACUACACAAACACACACUGCAUUAUAUACCCACACUACACAAACACACUGCAUUAUAUACCCACACUACACAAACACACACUGCAUUAUAUACCCACACUACACAAACACACACUGCAUUAUAUACACACACUACACAAACACACUGUGUAUAUAAUGCAGUGUGUGUUUGUACAGUGUGUGUAUAUAAUGCAGUGUGUGUUUGUGUAGUGUGGGUAUAUAAUGCAGUGUGUUUGUGUAGUGUGGGUAUAUAAUGCAGUGUGUUUGUGUGCAUUGUAUACAAACACACACACUAUACAAACACACACUGCAUUAUAUACACAGUGUGUUUGUGUAGUGUAUGUGUAUAUAAUGCAGUGUGUGAGGGGGCAUUUUUUAUUAAAUUAUUUAAAAAAAAUUAUAUUUACUUAAUUAUUAUUUAUUUUUGUUGUCCCCCCUCCCUGCUUGUUACCUGGCCAGGGAGGGGGGAUAUGACAGUCCCUGGUGGUCCAGUGGUAUUGGCUGAGCUUUGGGGGGGCGGAGAGCAAGCGCUUACUCACCUCCCAGCAGCUCCUCCAGCUCCCCAGUGCAACUCUCGCGGCCAGCGUGUCGCGCGGAGCGUUGCCAUGGUGAUCCAUGGCAACGCUCUGACGGCCGCGGGUCUCGCGAGAGUUGCACUGGAGGAGCUGCUGGGAGGUGAGUAAGCGCUUGCUCUCCGCCCCCCCAGGACCGCCGGGCUUGUAAUGAGCCUGGCGGUCCUAGGAGGUAUUAUCGGCAAUAUCGGUAUCUGAAUUGGCCGAUAUUGCAGAGAAUACCGAAUAUCGGCCGAUUAUAUCGGUAAAACCGAUAAUCGGUCGAUCCCUACUAGGAGCCAGGUAUAAGGGCUCCCUACCAGGUGAGAAGCCAUUUAUUUUAAUAUUCACCACUGAACACUGUGACUUACUACACAAGGAUCUCUCCUUUUUUACUUCCUUUAUGUAUGUAUAAGGACCACAGACGAUUAGAGGAUCGAUUGGGUAUUGUGUCGCCUUAAGUACACACACGCCGCUGUGAUCUGAGCCUAUCCUAAUUGGCUCAGUUAUAUGUGAGUGGGUCUAUAUAGUAUAUUUACUUUUUGUGUCUGUUACCCAGCGUUACUUGAACUAUUUGUAUCUAGAUUUGUUUCAGAUACAUUGUUUCAGAAUAUCUUCUUAACAUUUGAGCGCUCCACAUGUACACCAGUGGUGGUUUUUAUUUCUAAUCUCCUACACUGAGUGUUCACUUUGUUCAAUUUUAAAAUAUGUUUGCCAUUUAAUUGGAAGCCAAUGCAGGGAGUUGAGAACAGGUGUUAUGUGACAGGAGCGAGUUUGAUUGGUCAGUAGUCUGGCUGCUGCAUUUUGUACAGUAUGAAGGCGAUAGAGUUCUUUUUCUGGGAGUCCCAAUUAAAGUACAUUGCAGUAAUCUAGCUGAAAGGAUACAAAUGCAUGGAUUAAUGUUGGCAUAUCAUCCGGUGGAAUUAAGUGUUGUAUCCUGGCUAUGUUUUUCAGAUGAAAGUAGGCAGAUUUUAUUACGGAGGAAAUCUGCUGUUUAAAUGAUAGUCCAGAGUCAAUCAGCACUCCGAGGUUUCGUACUUUUGAUGAACUAAUGAGUUCAGAGCCCCCAAGCUCCAGGCCAAUUGGGUGAUCAUGGGAUAUAUUUGUUGCCCGGGGUCUCCUCACCAAGAGUAACUCUGUUUUGUCCGGGUUCACUUUAAGCCAACUAGCAUUCAUCCAUUCUUCAAGGUCUGCUAAGCAACUGUUGAUGCGGCAUGGUGGUUCUGUGGUAUCUGGAGCAAAGGAGAAGUAGAGUUGUGUGUCAUCAGCACAGCAGUGAUAUCUUGGGCCAUGUUGCCUGAUGAUGUCCCCCAGUGGUAGCAAGUAAAUUGCGAAUAGCAUGGGAGACAAGAUGGAUCCUUGUGGAACUCCGCAGGCCAGUUCUGUUGGUGCCGAUGAGCUUUAUUCCUAAUGUUAGUCUCUGUGAUCUACCAGUGAGGUACAAGUGGUCUAAAAACUCUAAGAAUCAAAUGCAUAUAAAAGAAUCCCAAAUCUUCAUGCCUACUGCUCAGAAAUGAAUACAAUUUAUGUAAUAGAAAUAAUAGUAUUUGGAUAAUAUAUUUGUAUCCAUAUCUUGUGCUACUCAACUUAUCAGCAAAUUUAGACUUCUGAAUUGCUGGCAUUAUAGCAAAAAUGUUAUGUCUGCCAGAAUGGUUAGGGGAGCAUCCAUUUCCACCCACAGGUGUAAGUGCAGGCUGGCUAGUUUACCAUUUGGGGAGGCCGUGUAUGUCUUUUUUAGCAGCCAUCAUGGAGUAGACUGAGGGCAAAGCGUCAGGUAAGCAUACCAUUUAGAAUAUCCAUUUGCUGGUAAUUCCACUAACAACAUUAGGGAUCGACCGAUAUUGAUUUUUUUAGAGCCGAUACCGAUAUUCCGUGAACUUUCAGGCCGAUAGCCGAUAUAAUUUGCCGAUAUUCUGUACAUUUACCAUUUUGGAAAAUAAAAACUAUUUCUAAAGGUAAAUGCACAAAAUAUACAUGCCACGUGUAGUGGAUACAGUGUGUUUAGACAGGGGAGCUGUAUGUGUUUGUGUAGUGGAUGCAGUGUAUGUUUGUGUAGUGUGUGUAGUGGAUGCAGUGUGUGUUUGUCUAGUGUGUAGUGGAUGCAGUGUGUAUUUGUCUAGUGUGUAGUGGAUGCAGUGUGUAUUUGUCUAGUGUGUAGUGGAUGCAGUGUGUAUUAGUGUAGUGUGUGUAUAUAAUGAAAGCAGAGUGAUUGUGUAGUGUGUGUAAAGUGAAUGCAGUAUAUACUAAAUGCAAAGUGUGUGUUUAUAUAAUGCAGAGUGUGUGUGUGUGUUUGUAUAGUGUGUGUGUAUAUAUAAUGCAGUGUUUGUGUAGUGUGCAUUAUAUAAACACACUAUGCAAACACACUGCAUUAAUUAUAUACACACACUAAACACACUGCAUUAUAUACGCACACUACACACACUGCAUUAUACACACACUACACAAACACUGCAUUGUAUACACGCACUGCAUUAUACACACACUGCAUUAUAUACACUCACUACACAAACAAUGCAUUGUAUACACACACUACACAAACACUGCAUUGUAUACACACUGCAUUAUAUACACAGUGUGUUUGUGUAGUGUGUGUGUGUAUAUAAUGCAGUGUGUAGUGUGUUUGUGUAGUGUGCAUUAUAUAAACACACUACACAAACAGACUAUACAAACACACUGCAUUAUAUACACAGUGUGUUUGUGUAGUGUAUGUGUAUAUAAUGGAGUGUGUGUGUGAGGGGGGGCAUUUUUUAUUACAUUUUUUUUUAUAUAAAUAUAUUUAAUAUUUAUUUUUGUUGUCCCCCCCUCCCUGUUUCAUACUUGGCCAGGGAGGGGAUAUGACCAUCCCUGGUGGUCCAGUGGUAUUGGCUGAGCUGGGGGGAGCGGGCAUCAAGCGCUUACUCACCUCCCAGCAGCUCCUCCAGCUCCCCAGUGUAACUCUCGCGGCCAGCGUGUCGCGCGGAGCGUUGCCAUGGUGACCCAUGGCAACGCUCGGACGGCCGCGGGUCUCGCGAGAGUUGCACUGGGGAGCUGGAGGAGCUGCUGGGAGGUGAGUAAGCGCUUGAUGCCCGCUCCCCCCCAGGACCGCCGGGCUUGUAAUGAGCCUGGCGGUCCUAGGAGGUAUUAUCGGCAAUAUCGGUAUCUGAAUUGGCCGAUACCGAUAUUGCCGAAAAUACUGAAUAUCGGCCGAUUAUAUCGGUAAAACCGAUAAUCGGUCGAUCCCUAAACAACAUAUGUACAUGUGCCUUUUUUUUUUUUAUUAUGGUUUAACAAUGUACAUGGCUCCUGCCGGGCAUCCACGCCGCAGCCAGUCUUCAUGAACAGGAAAAGCGCAAUGCCUCUGUAGAGUUAAGCACCGCUGAAACAUGUCCCUACUCAUUGCCUAAGAGUGCUUAGCUGAUGCUCUCUGCCAGUGUGCAUGAUGCUACUUGGUUCUAUUAAGAAAUCCAGCUCUUCUGCUGGAGAAGGCUAGAUGCAGUGCUGGUGCCCAGCAGAAUCCUGGUAAAUUGUCAUGCCAUGUCAUAUCUAACCAUGGGAUUGCGCCAAAGCACCUAUUUGCAACUGCAGCGGGCUGUAGUGGUUAUGGUGCUUGGAAUAUUCCUUUAAGCACCUUGUACUUCCUUAUGUUCGUUCUUGUUUUUUUAGUUACAUCCUGUAUAUGUUCCUGUCCAAGCUCCUGUAGCAUGUCACAUUACAUAUUGAGUUAACUUGCGAAGUAAGAAUUUAUAAAUUUACUGAUUUUCUGUUUUAGAGUGGAAGUGUCUUUUUAUCAUUGUCUAUCCCUAUAAAUAUACAUUGUGCACCAUUCUCCCGAAAGUAUAGUUUUCACACAUUCCAUUAAUCGUUGUCUACAUUCUGUGUCCAGUUAGCUUUUCUUAAAGUGUUACUGCCAGCUGAAAAAGUCUUUCCAUAAAUAUGCUUAAAUCGAGAAUGCAAACAAAUGAAAUUAUUUUCAUCUAAGCAAGCUACAGUACUUUUAGCAUGAAUUGCUGCUUGAAGAUAAGAUGUUUUGAAAAAGAGGUGCCAUUUUGUAAAAGCAUUUCGAAUUACACUGGUGAGACCUCACUUGGAUCAUUGUACGCAGUACUGGAGACCGUAUCUCCAGAAGGAAAUUGAUACUUUAGAGAGAGUUCAGAGAAAACUGAAACUGGUUCAUAGAUUGCAGGAUAAAACUUACAAGGAAACAUUAAAGGAUCUUAACAUGUAUAGCUUGGAGGAAAGAUGAGACGGGGAAAUUAUAGAAACAUUAAAAUACAUAAAGGGAAUCAACACAAGAAAGGAGGAGACUAUAUUUAAAAGACGAAAAACUACCACAACAAGAGGACAUAGUCUUAAAUUAGAGGGGCAAAGGUUUAAAAAUAUCAGGAAGUUUUACUUUACUGAGAGGGUAGUGGAUGCAUGGAAUAGCCUCCCAACUGAAGUGGUAGAGGUUAACACAGUGAGGGAGUUUAAUCACGUGUGAUGUGCAUAAGGCUACCGUAACCAUAAGAUAAGGCCAGGGACUAACGAAAGUAUUUAGAAAAUUGGGCAGACUAGAUGGGCCGAAUGGUUCUUAUCUGCCAUCACAUUCUAUGUUUCUAUGAAUUUCAAAGCCUUGGUGAAAAAUACUGAUUUAAAAAAAAAACAUGUGAUGUCAGCAUCUAAUCAGAAUUUUAAUAACAUUUUUAUAAAACCAAAUAAAAAUGUUAUGAAUAAUUAAAAACGGUUAAUACAAAGUAUCCACAGUUUUAAAAAAUUAUAUCUAAUGGUGCAAAUAUUAGUUCUUAUUAUGGUGAGCCACCUCAAGAAAAAAUAAACUUGUACGUGUGAAUUAACCUUAUAAUAAAAAAUGGGUAUUUUGUGCCCACUAAAUGUUUAUUACAUAUUGCAGUGCCCUGACCUUUGGAAGCUCAGUGGAAGUCAUUGGAAAACUGGUCAAGAGUUUACACAAGAAGCAGAACGUGGAACUAAAUGCGUCUGAUAUUAAAGUCAUCGGAGGGUGUGACUCUUAUGUAAGGACCUUGUAGAUCAUUUUCUAAAUUGAUUAAUCAUAAUUUUGUUAUCCAUAUGAUAUAAUUUGUGAAAUAUUUAAUUAAGCCUUUUUUAGCCAACUAAAGUGAUUUUAUUAAAUAGUAACAAUUCCUUGUCCAUAACUGACAGUUUCUCUUUCCCUUGUAACAGUGUUUAUUGGGAUGUAGUGGCACAACCCUUUGCAUGACGUGGGGGGAGAAGGGGUAUGUGGCAAAACUAGCCACUUAAGACUAGCCAUAUAUUGAAUGUGUUUAUAUCCCUGUUUCAGCUGUGAGAACCAAGUGUAAUACUGUAUGUGUCUUUCAGACGAAUGAGGGCGUUCGUAUGCUUGCAGUAUGAAAAACCCAGCAUUCCUAAUGUAGUUUCACGAACAGUGAGUUUCAACACUGUUCGUGAAACGAAUAAACUACCGAAUGGUUGACCACACACAAGCGGUCGUGUGGCGCCCAUUAACCGAUUGCAACAUUGAAACAAUGUUGCAAUCGGUAGUUAAAGGCUUCCCUAGGUGGCCGUCGUUCGGCUACCGACCUCGCGGCGGUCGGCCAUCUUGGAUCCUUUGUUAGCCCAGCGGUGUUUUGCCGUCGAGCGCCUGGAACUAAAAUCGGCUACUCGAAGGCGCGAACACCGCUGGACUUCCAGGCCGUUCGGGAGCCCCGUCCGUUCAGUAGUUUGUUCCCCUAAUACCAAUUGGUACUUUAACAGUGUUUUGGAAAUAAUGUGUAUUUCGUGCGGCGUUCUGUUAGUUAGGCUGGGAGCUGAGCGGUAUUCUCACGAACUGUGCGCUCAGCCCCCAGCUAUCUACCGAACGUCCAUGCGUUUAAAUAAAGGGAAUAUAAUGGAAGUUAUGUAUUUUAAUGUAAAAUGUAAGUUCUGCUGCACGGAGUGAUAAUCCACUUAACGGUAUAUUCUAGUGGUAGUAUCCCUCUCGUGCAGCAGUGCAUGAUGGGAGAAAUGUAUGUGUUGGUCAGUUCCCCAUGUAGUCCUCUACUAUACCACCCCUGGAAUAUCAGUAAGGAAACCCCUUGCAUGGGGAAUCUCAUAAAUACAGUGACCUGUGAAUAAACGUUCAGUUGACUCCCAUCCUAUGUGUCGUCUAGUUCUUGGGAAGGAAGGAUUCUUAUAACGCUCCCGGGAUUAUUGUAUGUUGUAUUUAUUUACCUGGAUUAUUUUAUGAUGUUCCUGUUACCCAGCGGAGAUACUGUGGAUUAUACUACCUCUUCGCUACAGGGUACAAACAAACAGCCCUUUUUUUGUGCACAAGACUCACAUAUCUCUGAGCUGAAGGUCUUACUGUCACAGAGCAUAGAAUAACAAGUAAUGAUUGCUGGAAGUGACUUCAUAUAUCCCUGAAUCUACAUCACUAUGAUCUGCACAGGGUGACAGAGCAUGUAUAGAGAUUUCUGUUUCUUGUAGCUCCACUCCAUCUAUGACAACUGUUGUGUUACACAACUUGUAAACACCUUCAGGAACAUUUUACAUUCACAAACCUAUGCACGAAUGCACAUUGUGUUGCCAUGCACAGAUCUUGUCUGCUACUUCACUAUGUUAAUACUCUGCAAACAGACAUCCAAUUUUAUGUCCCAUUAUUUUGAGGUGCAAAAAAUGGUUUGAGGCUGAAGCAGAGAGCCCCCUGUAUGCUAGCAGCCUAGUAGGUAGUUGUCCCACUUGACAGCCCUUCCAUGGUGAGGAGUGUGGUUAAGGUUAAUAUAUAUCGUUUUUUUUUCCCCAGCAGUACUUCAAAACACUUUUUUUAAAUUCUCCUAAUUUCUUUCAUGGUUCUAUACGCAAAGUAGCAUCACAGAGUUGAAAGGGAACCUAUAGUCACUAAAACAACUCCAGCUUAAUAAAGCAGUUUAAUGUAUAGAUCAUGCCCCUGCAGUCUUACUGCUCAAUUCUGAAGCGCAAGGAGCUGAAGAGUACCUGCUGGAAAAAUGUCAGCACCCACGAGGGAUUGGUUCAGGUAAGUAGAACUCACCUUGAAGGGUUGGUGCACAUUAAGUGGGAGAUAUGUGUGGGGUUGAGCACAGUGAGUUGGAAUCAAAGUAUUAAGUUCUGAGAAAUAUAAAUGGUUUCUUCUGCUUUCAGGAUUUCCCCUUUAAGUUAAAAGAACGACAUCCCCCUGAAUACGUCAGGCAGUAUCCUCACCUCCGCUGUAGAACCAAUACGUUUAGCUCGCUACUGAGAGUCCGCAGUAAGGCUACAGCUGCUAUCCAAGACUUUUUCCAGGUACUUUUGUCUUUUACAUAAUCCACACAACAACACAGUAUUACCCAGUAGGGAUACACCAAAUAAGCAAUUAUUUAUAUUAUGAAAACUAUUGUUAUGUAAAUAUGCUUUUUUUCACUUGUACCUACUAACCACCACUUAAAGCAAAAGUGACAGCUUAAUAGUCAAAGACUGGCUGUCACUAGAGUGGAUUCCUGAUGGCAGUCCUGCAAAGAUUGCAGGACCAGCGUUCAAUGUCUCCACAGCGAUGCCGAAUGCUCCCUAUAGACAUUCAUUGAGUCAGUGAAUUCCUAUGAGGAGAUGCUGAUUGGCGAUUGUGGAGACUUUGGAUUGGCUGAGAUCAUCUCAGCCAGCAGAGGAGUGGAAGCCGCGGUGAGAAUGGCAUGCCAGGGUAAAUAAGGUGAGUAAUUUGUUUUGGGGGAAUAAUUUGGGGCCAAAUCCAAAUGGUUAGCAAAACACUAGCGUUUGGAAUACAUGUUUAUAUUUCAGGGUUGCAACUAACAAUUAUUUUCAAAAUCACAUUUUUUUUAUUAUCAAUCAGAUAAAAGCGCUAAGGACUUUGUUAAUAAUAAUAGGACAAAACCUUAGUUAUCUGUACAUAAGUAUAAUCUGCAAUAGCAAGCAAUCCAUUAGUAAUUGUGAUAAUAGAUAAUAGUGCACAUCAACUCAGAUAACAAGUCCCAUCAAUCUAGAGCUCAGUGUAAAUAAUAACCUCAGCACGUCAUCUGCACAAAGUAUUUUUUAUACAGGUUAAUUAGCAUUCAAGGGUUCUGUUAUUUCGAUUUUUAUUAUGUCAUCACAUUAUUAUCCUGCAAAUAAUAAAAUAGGGUUUUCAUUCAAACUGGUUAUUGUCUUUUUAUUAAAUUAGUUCUACACAUCAAAAACAGGGACAUGAGGGACACAUGCCCCCUCCUUGUGCACAGAUACCAGGAUAUCCAUCCCUCCAGCUCCUUAAUAUUACACAUCUUUCUCGCAUAAGUGAUCAUCUUUAGAAUACCCGAAAGCAGUAUGUGUGGUAAUUGGAAAUUGCCGGACUACACAUGCGGAAAGGCUAUAUUCUUCUGUAUACUUGGAGACACUAAUACACCAUCAUAAUACAUCCCUCUUUCUCCUCCCCCCCCCCGUUAACAUCACCUAUACGACAGAAUAGGUUUGUAGGCUUGAGCAUGUCGGCCUAACUUCAGAGCAUGCAUAAUGGGUUGUCUGACCUCAGGAAUGAAAGACAGACAAAAAGUAAGAGUGCAAACUGUCAAGGCACAUACAUUGAGUAAGCAUGUCUGAUGCCGUGCGUUUACCACCUAAUCACAGACCAACUAAUCAAUAAUGAGAAUCAUUGACAAUGAUUUUCUUCAUUGAUUUAGUCAUUACAACUCUGUGGUAUUCAUUAUGUUAGUGUGUUCCUUUCACGUAUUGGUAUCUUUGUAUUCUUUGCACUAUGGCUGUAGAAAGGUUUGUACUAGGUUAAAUAAAAAAGUUUUCAGUGCAAUCUACUUCAUUUUGCUGUGUAUUAAAAAUACGCAAAUGUAAAAUAGACAAACAGCAGAAGAUCGUAAUAACAAAGCGAGGGUAAAAAAAGUUGAGCUUGGAGAGGUGGACCUUAAGUUAUUGUACCAGGCUCCCAUAUCAUAUUAUGUUAACCUUCGAUACAUAUAUAUAUUUUGUUUUUUUACUCCCCCCUUGAGCCACAGUAUGUAGCUGCUCAAAGACAUCGGAAAAGUGUGCGACAAUAAUUUUGUGAACACAUUAACUGCAAUAAACCUAUUUUACCACACGGUGGUGCUCUUCCAUUGUAUUGAAAAAAUCUUGUUUGGUACAAUAAUGAAUCCUCAUGGCUAAAAGUGAUUUGAUUGUGGUCCCAGCUUUCUCCCCUGUCCAGAAGCUGCAGCACAUGAUGGGUUAGCUGAUAGUUGCAUUAUAGUUUUGUUUUGUUUUUCCUGCAGAUUUUCAUUUUGAUUUAUGUUUUAAAUAGUCCAUAGGGUUUGUAUGAAUUACACCGAUAAUCGGUACUGUGCAUUACCAUGCAAUUCUAUCAAUACCACCAUAUUAUGAACCCCCUCCCCUCCGAACCGGUGGGGGUGAUCCCAGGUCCACCCUGGGAGGCAGCCUGGCUAUACAGAAGGCAAGAGACGGGCCCACACAGGCAACUCACAGAGCUGAGCACAAUGGCAGUUGCCACGUGCACAUCAAGCCACUGUGAGGAAGAAUCCGAUAUCCUGGCAAGGCUGGAAAGCACCUUCGAAGCCUUCUGGAAGAAAUUGGCACACAGACAACCUACUAGCCAAGCAUGGUACCUAACACCAACUUCAUACCUAGGUUACUAUAUUUCCUAUGUGCCUAGCAUGUUCCAUAUCAUAGAAGUGCUGUGUUUCUCUUGGGGCAGUUUUUAGCUACACCGUUAAAGGACCACUAUAGUGCCCUGAGGGUGCCCCCACCCUCAGGUUCCCCCUCCCGCCGGGCUCUAGGGUGAGGAAGGGGUUAAACUUACCUCUUUUUCCAGCGCCGGGCGGGGAUCUCUCCUCCUCCUCGGCUGAAUGCGCAUGCGCAGCAAGAGCUGUGCGCGCCUUCAGCCAGUUUCAUAGGAGAAGCACGCAAGCGCCUCUAGCGGCUGUCAAUGAGACAGCCACUAGAAGCUGGAUUAACCCUAAUAUAAACAUAGCAGUUUCUCUAAAACUGCUAUGUUUAUAGAAAAAAGGGUUAACCCUAGCUGGACCUGGCACCCAGACCACUUCAUUAAGCUGAAGUGGUCUGGGUGCCUACAGUGGUCCUUUAACAUCACUCUUGUACUUGUCUGCUGAAAACAGAGCUCCCAGUACCCCUGGCUGGGUACCUCUGCCAAGGACUGCUUCCUAGCUGGAACAGGGGAAAAACUUCAGCACUUCUGCCCACAGUCGCCGUGGCUUGACUGAGGACCUGGAACGGCUCCUUUAUGGAGCCGAAUGGGUAAUUGGCUCUAGACACCGCCAGGCACUGGACGACACUCAGUCCUGGGAGCUUUAGUCCUUACAAGAAAUUUCCCUGUUGAAUCCCCUGCAAGCUGGAACAGCAGACACAGGGGUUAAAUCUUCCUUCCCUCCAAUAACAGGACGACACACAGUUUUGGAGUGCAAGCUGGAAUGGUUUAAUGGCAUCCACAACUGGCCUUUUAUGCAGGUCCCCAUGCAAGGGGCACUCCCACAUGGACUUUGUGGGGAACUACAGUAUAAAGUCACAGACCAAUGUCAACAGCGUUUAAAUGCAUGACACUCCCAUAUACAAACAUACAAUCCCUCCCCUCUGCCUGGGAGAUAAUUCAGUCUGAUACUGUAUUAACUCAAUUAUCUACUGGCAGAAAAAAAUACAUAUUUUUAUAAAAUCUCAAAAGUACCCCUAACACUCAUGGUAACCCUAUAUAUAUCAUGUUCAUGGGUUCAGGAUUUUCACACAAAAUUACUGUCCGAAAAGAGUUACAGGAAAUCAGGUUGUGUGGUCGGUCUACUUCGAGUAUUCGAAGUAGAAUAUAAAAUACAGAACGUAUAGUUUCGGGAGUAGGCUCAGUUUAUGUGUCUCGUUCGGGAGUUUAUACCCACCGAAUGCCGUUCGAUUCCCAUUCGAAUAGCCAAACGUCAGUUGAGGGUAUGUGUUUAGUGGUUUUCGUGCCAUCGAGUGUUUCCGUUUUGAGUUCCAUACACUCGACAACCAAACACCGCUCAUUGUCCUCGCGGCUUAAGAUGGCCGCUGCCACGUGUUCAAAUGCCAGCCGACCGCUUCGAAUCACUUUGAAUGUCCAGGAGUUCAAAGUGCCGCUUUGAGAGUUUGAAGUAGUACUGAGUAAAUAACGUUACAAGUCCAAAAGGCACAAACAAUGUCUGUAAGCAAAGUUUAUCGCAGAAUCCAAAGUCACAGGGCAGGAGGCUAGCAAGAAGGCUCCUCCAGGAGCUCGUGGCAAACUCAUGCUCGUGGCAAACUCAUGUAAAAAGGGGGGUUUGUCACACAUGCGCCAAGUCCACAUUAGGAUGAAAGUACUGUACAAAAUGUUCUGUGCAGCUGCAGAAAUACCUUUUUGGCAACCCCUGUUCUAAAUGCUAUCUAACAUAGUUUAAGCAGUGCUUAUGUUUAAUAUAUUAAGUAGAUAAUCAUCCAGGGGUUUUGCAAAAAAAAAAGAUUGCCCUUAUAUUUACUAUAAUUAUUGUGAUGAUCCUAAAAUGUUCUCUAGGGCUUUAGACAUAAGACAAGCAGCUGAUCCCCAGUGAUAACUUGUGGUUUGGUUGUUUUUGGUCUCUAAUUUUUCUCGUUUUAUUUCUGCUGAUAGAGUAAUGGUUACAUUCACAUCCACACUCCUAUAAUUACCUCCAACGACUGUGAGGGAGCUGGGGAACUCUUUCAAGUGCAGGUAUGUCAAAAUAUGUUCGUAAUUAACUCUGCUUUGUGUGUCGUGGCAUUUAAAGAUGCGUUGGGAAGCCUUUUCAUUGCUUGUUUUUUUGUUCUGCUGUUGCUAGGAUUCCAUGUGAAACAAUGCAGUUAACAUGGUUCCCUUCCAAGUGUGUUUGGCAGGUGUAACGGUAAUCUUGGCCAGCUCAAACCUUCAUGGGCCUGUAUCAAAUAACUGCUGCUAUGGUUACAUUUUCAAGCGCUUUUUGAGAUAGCCUGGUAAGGGUUAUCUGUCACAUUCAAAAUGACUUGGUGUCACAUUACAGAAAUGUCUAGAUAAGAAAUAAUUUACUAUUUUUAUUUAUUAAUUUUCUAACCUUCUGCAAGGAAUGAAUGCUACUCACGUUAUAUGUAGUCGGCGCAUGUUUAUUCAGCCAUAUUGGAUGGGGACGAGAGAUCCAGCGCAAUACUUACCUUGAAUCUAUACUUACCCCGAAGGUGUCCUUUUUGUCCACAUGAUUUUGUGAAAGGCCCAUUUACCAAAAUGUAUGUCUAAAAUUCCCCACUUUAAUACUAUGUUUAUUUAUCCCAAUAUUUAACAAAUUUGUAUUUGUGAGGUAUUCAAAAUUUAUUAAAUGUGGAAAUCCACACUUGAAUAUCAUGCAACAGUCACCUCCAUCUUAGCUCCCUGUCAAUCAUUGUUACAAGCUCCUUGCUUGCCCCUGGCAGUCAGCACAGAGAAUGAAUAAAUGUUUCUAGUAACCCUUCUCAUUUGAUUUAUCUUCAAUAUCAAUUUAAAGGGACACUAUAGUCACCAGAACAACUACAGCUUAAUGUAUAAUACAGCUUAUUGUACAGUAUACAGCUUAAUGUAUAAUACAGCUUAUUGUACAGUAUACCGCUUAAUGUAUAAUACAGCUUAAUGUAUAAUACAGCUUAUUGUACAGUAUACAGCUUAAUGUAGUUGUUCUGGUGAGUAUAAUAGCUCCCUUCAGGCAUUUUCAUGUAAAUACUGCCUGUUCAGAGAACCCUACAGUGAUCCUUUAAAAGAAAAUGAAGCAUAAAAAUGAUAAUACAAGUUAUAGAUAAUGUUUUGUUUUUUAAAAGCAUUUGUGAGUUGUGAAAGGCUUUGCCAGGUCUGCACUAUAUUGUGCUGGAAUUGUAGGUAUAUAUAUAUAUAUUUAAUAGAAAUUGGAGCAUAAAAAAGGUUAACACAUGUUCUGGAUAAUAUUUUUUAUUUUUUAUUCAGUGCCUUAAUUUCUCAGUACUUUACAUACAUUUGAUAAUUUAAUUUCUAGGAGCAUGACUAAGGAGGCAGGCAUAUAAUGUAGCACUCUGCUUAGAAUGUAUUCCUUUGUGUGAAAACGUUGAAGAUUUCAAAAUGCAAAAAAGUAAAGCUUAUUAAUGAGGCCAAAACCUCAGUUUUUAAGUGCAUUAAACAGUUAGUGGUGCCUUGAGUGUUCUUUUAAGCUAAUGUUAUUAUUAUUAUUGGUAUUUAUUUAGCGCACUUUACAAUAAAAGGGGAAUUUACCAAAUGAGACAAUAACAAAAUGUAACAGGAACAAUAGGUAGUUAAGGGACCCUGCUGAAACGAGCUUACAGUCUAGAGGAGGUUGGGUAUAAAAACACAAUAGGAAGGGUAUUGAGGGAGACAGCAAAUAGACAGGGUGGGAAAGGUGAGAGUGGAAUGUGGCCCUAUAGGAGAGAGCAAGAGGAAGGUUUGAGAGAUAGAAGUUACUCUUGGAGGCCAUAAGCAAUUCUGAAAAGAUGGGUUUUGAGGGACUUCUUAAAGGAUUGAAGACUAGGGGAGAGUCUGACAGGGGUACGCAGGUUGUUCCAAAGGAAAGGAGCUGCCCAUGAGAAGUCUUGCAGGCGUGAAUGUGCAGUCAGGGUGUGAGCAGCAGACAGGAGAAGGUCACCAGUAGAGCGGAGAGACCCAGAGGGGGCAUAUCUAUGAAUCGGUGAAGAAAUGUAAGAGGGGCUAGAGUUGGUUAUGGCUUUAUAGGUUAGGGUUUGUAUUUUAAAUUGACUCCUGUAGGGGGCAGGAAGCCAGUGUAAGGAUCGACAGAGGGGUGAGGUAUGGGAGGAGUGACAGGAGAGAAAGAUCAGCCUGGCAGCAGCUUUCACCUCGAUUGUAGGGGGCAGUACGGCUUCUGGGGAGACCAAUCAGGAAGGAAUUACAGUAAUCGAUGCAAGAGAUUACUAGAGCAUGGACAAGCUCCUUGACAGCAUCUUGCGGAAGAAAGGGGCGUAUGUGGGCAAUGUUAUUUGGUGCUCAUAGUAUUCCUUUAAUGAGACCUCCAGGGCACCAUAACAACUUUAUCGGAAUGAAGUUCUGAUGUGAGGAGGUCUUGGGUACUAGGCAUUAACACAUGGUUUAACACCGGGGCACACAUGCUUUGUUUAAAUUCUCACCACAUGUUGCGAGUAAAAAAGGCUCACUUUGAGCAUGCGUACUUCACCAUGUGAUUGGCUUAGCAUGAAAUAGUGACCGUGUAUACAAUUUAUUAAACUGUGAUUUUGUGCUAUACCAAGUACAUAUCAGUGUAUGGGGGAUGUAUGGGCAAUUAAAUGCCUCCCAACAGUCUCGCUUUUGGCUGGACAGUCCCGAUUUUAUGGUGCUGUCCCACCAUCCCACUUUAGCUCUCUGGUGUCCCGUAUAUAUGUGGACACCAGGGAACUGUCCCCAGCUUUAGCAGCGCUCCCUGCAUGGUCCUAAGAGCUUGGAGCUGGGCAGAGGAGGGAAUUUUGGAAUUCCCUAGUGACUUCUGUUGCAUCACUGGUGAUGCCCUCUCAUGGUCCUGCCCACCUGUCUGCAAAUGUUGGGAGGUAUGGUGGUUAUUUUAUUAAAAGGUUACCCCAGGCCCAAGACCACUCCAUUCCACUAUAAAAUGCUGCUCAUACAGAGAUAUAACACUGAUUUGUUUGAAGUAACUUUAACCUCUUAGCGCCAGGCCACAUGGCUUUUGAAGGUUAGCACCAACUGUUAGACAGCAGUAAUACCAUUGGAAACCAGUUGUAGAAGUUAGGUACAAAACUGGGUGGAGAGGUUAAUGGAAGUAAACCAGGGUAACUAUAUAACUUUUAUGUUAAAAUAUUAAAUCCUUUUUUGUGUGUGUCUACUUCCGCUGCACAUCUCACAGCUUAAAUAGCUUUCACCAGGUAUGUAAGAACACUAGCACAACUCAUUGCGUUAUGACCUGCAGAUCAUUUAAAGCGGCAGAAAACCACUAAUUUCAAAGAGGAAAAAAUGGGGUUUUAUCCAUAUUUAUUAUCUUAUUCGGACAUCUUUAAACAUGUAUUUUCUUUUCUUUAAUUUCUGUAUAGCUUGAGAAAUCCUACUUUAAAGAGAUUAUAGAAAAAUCUUCAGCAGGAUUACUCCAUUUGAGCUGAAUAUUCUUAAAGUAUCGGUACCUGUGUGUGUACCUUUUAUGUAAAGUUAAUACUUUUCACAUUAUUUGUGAACGUAGCAUCUUGUUUAGAAUUUGGUCUGGCAAAGCACACGCAGCUGAUGACAUGACUCCCUGCGUCAUCGGCUGAGCUUAGCCUGCCACACAAAGGAGAGUUACACAAAGCAUGAAAUUCACGGCAAAAAGAACAAAUUGUGUCAAACAAGAGUCUGAUUCCUUCACUCACUAUUCGAUCGAAAAGAAAGCAAAUCAUCCCCCUGUAUGUGGGUGCAGUAUUUAUCCACUGGUAACCAGAUAUAUGCAUAAAUAAUGUUUGUAAUAAAUGAGAGCGUUAUUAGUGGUUGUUUUCGUCAUGAACUUGGUCUCCAGAAAUGUCUGUUGUCCUUAAAGCUUCAUUCUGGGCAGCAGAACAGCAUUUGUGCAUAUUAAAGCUUAAAGCGUUAGAACCUGAGGUUACACACAGGACAAACAAUAUUCUGGCCAUGGAAUCAUGCCUGUGAUGUAUUAUGGGUAGGGAUGUUAAGGAUAUGAUUAUUCAGGAAACACAGAACUCUGUGAAAAUAACUGAAUUCUGAUCACAAUGUCUAUUCUGACAUUUACUAAAUCCAAAUCCAGUCGGAAUUCGGCCCUCCUGACCCAACCUGCUCCGUUCUGCCUGAUCCAUUUUGUAUCUGCUUUAUAAUCUGUGCUUUUUGGAUGUUAAAAAUAUACAAAGCACCAAGUUUUAAGCUAAAUCGGGACCAAAUGCAGCUGGAAGGAUGCACAUUUACAAAUUAUUGUUCGUUUGGUCUUUGCAAGCAAACGGUGAUUUAAAGAAAAACAAAAAACAUACUAUUUGACUGCUGGAUUGGUUGGUGCCAGAUUCCCCCUUGUUGCAGUGGGCAAUUAAUUUAGGGCUUUUAAAGUAGGGCCUGGAUUUUCAUCAUCCGGAUUCAUUUUUUACCGUCGCACGUUGUAUAAUAGUAUGAACAUGUCUGGAUUUUGCAGUUCAAAUGGUUUUUCCCUAUUCAGUAUGCAGCCAUAGUGAAUAACUUGUAGUCGCAGUGAUCUUUUGUAAAAUUGUUGCAGCAGAGUAAUGGGUGACAAGCCCACAACUUGUGUCAUGACUAUAAAUUUUGUACAGGGUUCUUUAAAUCCUAAUCUGUGUUUUCACCAGCAGUCCUGUUAUCAUGAUGUUCUUUGGUAGAAUGCUCUUGAAUGACUUUCCAAUUAAGGAAGUUAGCAUCACAUUUCUAUGUAAAUCAAUAUUAAGCAACAUAGUUAUUUAGAUUUAAAAAACAACAAAACAAAAAAAAGCUACAUGCGUUCAGCCGUUUAUAAACCCCCUGCUUUUAUUCAAGUAAAACAAAAUACAAUUGUUGUGAGUCAACAACUACAGGUACUUUUAGACGAGUGAGCUGGUUUGUCUUGCUCUUUAAAUUACAUAUAUAGGAAAACACGACUAGGUACAGACAGACUAUGUAAUGGGUGCAAUAUGUAGGGUUCACCACUACCCCUUGUGGUCACUAGAAGGAGCUAAUAAUAAAGCAAAUACCCAAUUUAGCAAAAAGUAAGAAGAAGCUAGCUGUAGUGGUUAUGGUGCUUGGAGUAUUUGUUUAGAGGGAAAACACUAUCAAAGUUAUUUACUUUUUAGUUUCUCUUAAGUAAAAAUUCAGGGUAAAUUUCAAAUUUAAGGAAAAAGCUGCUGAAAUUGAAAAAUUGACUGUCUGCCAGGGUCCGCUACCCUGAUUUAAAAUGAUGUCUGAAUUCUCACUUUUGUGAAUAACCCUGCAUAGUUUUUUUUGUAUAUUUUUUUUAGUUAUUUAAUGAUGUUUCUAAGUUUGUGUUGCUUUGCAUUACAGUAAGUAAACCUUCUGUAAUAAUCUUCUCAUGUUCCAGGCUACAAACUGGGACCAUGGACAAAGCGACAAGUCUGGCUUCUUCAAUGUACCAGCGUACCUGACGGUCUCUGGUCAGCUCCACUUGGAAGUCAUGUCUGGGUAAAGGAGUAAUUGUGCCGUUGAACAAGUAUAAGAUAUUGCAGGUUUAUGGAAUAGCUUUCCAGCAGGGGUGGGAAAGACAAAGUACAGUGCAAGAUCUCACAUCACAAUGAUAAUGUUUGGUCUUUUAGUAGAGAAAUGGGCAGACAAAGGUCUAGUAGUAAACACUUCUGAAGCAUUUGCUGGGAUGAGGAGCAGAGGCAAGAAUUAAAAAACCUAUCUCUGCAGCACAACCGUGUUUAAAGGGACACUAUAGUCACCAGAACAACUACAGCUUAUUGAAUUUGUUCUGGUGAGUAGAAUCAUUACCUUCAGGCUUUUUGCUGUAAACACUGUCUUUUCAGAGAAAAUGCAGUGUUUACAUUACAGCCUAGUGAUAACUACACUGGCCACUCCUCAGAGAGCUGUUAGAGAUCCUUCCUGUGUCAUGGUUGCCUAAAAUGCAUCCAAACAUUCAGUGUCUCCUCCCUCUGCAUGCAGACACUGAACUUUCCUCAUAGAGAUACAUUGAUUCAAUUCAUCUCUAUGAGGAGAUGCUGAUUGGCCAGGGCUGUGUUUGAAUCAUGCUGGCUCUGCCCCCGAUCAGUCUCAGCCAAUCCUAUGUGGAAGCAUUGUGAUUGGAUCCGGCUACCACUUCUGAUGAUGUCAGCAGUCAGUGGCCAGGUCUAAAGGAAACAGGAACAGAGCUAGCAGCUUCAGGCUUGAAUACAAGUAGGUUUUCUAAUUUUAGGGAGGCAUAAGGGGCCCAGGGGAGCUAGAUGGUGGUUUUAACCCUAUAGGGCCAGGAAUACAUGUUUGUGUUCCUCAACCUAUAGUGAUCCUUUAAAGGACCACUCUAGGCACCCAGACCACUUCAGCUUAAUGAAGUGGUCUGGGUGCCUGGUCCAGCUAGGGUUAACCCAUUCUUUUAUAAACAUAGCAGUUUCAGAGAAACUGCUAUGUUUAUGAAUGGAUUAAGCCUUCCCCCUAAUCCUCUAGUGCAGGGGUAGGCAACCUACAGCACUAGUGCCAUGCACUGCACUCGAGGUGUCUUUGCACGGCACCCAAGGCUGCUAGAGCCAAACGCACUGUGGCCUAUCAGGAGUCCCAGUAAAACUUCAGAUAUCUGCUAAUACGAAGAGGUGGUGAAGGACAAACCUCAAUUUAUGCAUUGCAGCACAUAGAGGAAGUGAUCCCAGAUCACUUCCUCACAGCACUUGUGAAUGGGAAUCCACACUGUAGUAGAGCAGCCCUCGACAGCUAUCGCAGCUCCUGUCCUUGACCUGUGCCCAGGGACCCAGGGAACCCACCCACACUGCUAGAUAUACACAUAAAUGUAGAAUAACCCUCCCCUCAUACAAAUAAUAUGAACAGCCCACACACACACACAACACACAAUCCCCACAAACACAACACCACUAACAAUAUACAUAAAUGCACACAUGCAGCCUCUCACAUGCAAUACCCCAAACAGCCCCCACACACUACCAAACACACAAUGUGACAUAUCCAUCCACACACAAUUCCACAAGCAGCCCUCAUACACAGCCCACAUUCAUAUGUAUCAUAUACAAUAUAAUAGCUCAAAUACACACAAAUACAACAAUACAAAGCAAUUACAGUAAAAAUAACACAAGCAGAAUACGGCAGCAUAUACACCUCAAUUUAAGAAAAUAGGACAGUGAGAGCACGCAAGCGUCCAUAGGAAAGCAUUGUAAAUGCUUUCCUAUGCGACAGGCUGAAUUCGCGCGCAGCUCUUGCCGCGCGUGCGCAUUCAGCCCAGGAGGAGGAACGGAAGAGGAGAGAAGGAGGAGAGCUCCCCGCCCAGCGCUGGAAAAAGGUAAGUUUUUAACCCUUUCCCCCUUCCAGAGCUGGGCGGGAGGGGGUCCCUGAGGGUGGGGGCACCCUCAGGGCACUAUAGUGCCAGGAAAACGAGUAUGUUUUCCUGGCACUAUAGUGGUCCUUUAAGCAAUAUAAAUAAACAUAUAUAUUUUUGCAUAAAUUGUUGGUUUAUAAUUGUGUACUUACGAUGUUGCUUCAAAGCAAAAUAAUUUGAGAACACUUGGAGUUCAUGUAUCUUAUUCGGUUAUAUUCACGAAGAUUUUACGUACUUGAUUGUCACAUAGUACGGUAAAUUAGGAUUGUGUAUCAAUAAUUUCCAGCAAUAAUCUUGGAAAGUGCCAUACAAGCAAUAGAUGUAGCCUCGCAACACUCUCGUACUCUACACUAUGGUGGGUGAGUUAGCAUCAUUAAUGGAAUUAAGACUCUACAGCGUAUAGUUAACGUUUAAUUAAUCAUUGGAACGUGCAAAGUAAGGUGACAAGUGGUUUUUGGGAGGGAAUUACACACGAUAUCACUACUGUACACUACAUUUAAAAUGGUCCAAAGUUGCAAAUGUUUUAAAAGCUUUAGCUUCACUUAAAGGUAAUCUGAUACAACUUCUAACUUUAUCUGCUUUCUGUUCUUGUUUAUUCUUGUCUUGUCUUCUUGUUGUUUUUUAGAGGGUUCACACGAGUGUAUAGUUUUGGUCCCACGUUUAGAGCAGAGAACUCCCAAAGUCGUCGGCACCUUGCAGAGUUUUACAUGGUGGAAGCCGAAAUUUCCUUCACAGACAGUCUGGAUGAUAUUAUGCAGGUAAUUAACAAACAAUGGUCUUUAAGACCAGGACAUGUUUGAUAUUGAGUCUCUAUAGGAUCCAGCUGGGAUGUUCUGUCUGACCAAGUUCCAUAUUGUUUCAACGUGCGGUCCAGCUGGUGUGGUGUCCAGGUGUAUGUUCCAUAUUGUGUCAAUGUAGAAUCCAGCUAGGAUGGCUUGUUUUAACACAUCUAAUACUGUGUGUGUAUUGCCUGGCGGAAUGGCCUAGCCUAGGUGCUCUCAUUCAAUUCUUAAAGGGACACUAGGCACUAUAACCAUUUCAUCUCAUUGAAUUAGUUAUAGUACCACGGCGCUCUGUCUCCAUACAGUCUUAAACCAUUUUCAAGCCGUUUUAACACUAAAUAAGUGUCUUUAGCCAAGAGAGCCCAGCCCUUACUGGAGGUGUGGCUAAGGCAGAUAGCCUCCUUCUCCAUACCAAUUCAUACCAGCAAUGGGCACUGUUAUAGGCUGAAAGUGAUUGCUUCUCUUGCUAAUGUUUCCCUUUUAGCCCAACGUAAGAUGAAGCUGUUACAGUGCCUACAGUGUCCUUUAACAUAAUCUUUACAGAGCAAUUCUAAAAGUGGAACAGCCACCAUAGAAGCCAAGGGCACCCCAACACAAUUUUAGGAAUUGUCCCUAUUACUGCUAUUUUAGAUAAGCCUUCCCUAAUAUACCUGUGUCUGAAAACCAGCAGGGUUUGUCUGUCUGAUGAUGUGCGAUGUUGACUUUGAAACCCUCGCUAGUAUAGCAUUAUUCUGAGAAAUCAUUCAGCCGGUAACAAGAACCAAACUAACGAUGGCAGUGACAGACCAUGUUUUGAACGUGCUACUGCCAGCAAAAUGUACUUUCUUUAAUCAGGCUUUUUUAUGCUGACCAGACUGUAAUGCCGAUGAUUUGCUGUUUUUAAUGCAUAAUUUAUUAAAUUUAACAUCAACCUUUACCUCGUAGGUUAUCGAGAAUUUAUUUAAAUCCACAACCACAGCAUUGCUUUCACAGUGUCCAGAAGAGAUAAACUUCUUCAGUAAAUAUGUUUCCGUUGGACAAAAAGUAAGUGUAAAGAAUUCUUAGCAUGUCAUCCUAGCUGUGGACUUCCCAUUAUAUAAAUAUAUUUUAAAUGUUUACAUUAACCACUUAAGGACCAAACUUCUGGAAUAAAAGGGAAUCAUGAUGUCACACUUCAUGUGUCCUUAAGGGGUUAAAGAAUGUGAUAAUGUUUUUUUUUAUGUUUGGUCCUCAAUACGUUGCUUUUCCAAGUAUGUGUUUCCUUGCAACACAAAAUUGAAAGUUACAUUUCUUUACAUAUUUUUUUUGUGGUUUGUUUUGCAAUCAAAAGAAGUGGCUUUGUAAAAGCUUUUUUCUUUAGAGAACUACGUAAGAUUAUACUUACUAUAUUACUUUUUGUAAAUGCUAAUUUAAAAAAAAAAAAAAUGUUUAACUGUCUGAGCCUCAGUAUUGGGGAUGUUGACCAUGACAUCAGAAGUUUCAAACUUAGCUCUCUGUGAACCAAGGACUUCAAGAGAAUUGUGGAAGUUUUACAUCAUCUGUUCGGCACAGUUGGAAACCUUUGCUCUAGGACAGAUGUUCACUGCGCAUGUACAGUACAUUGAAUCUCUAUCCAGGUUACAAACAAAAUUGUGAUUGGUUUGAAAAUAAAAACGUAUAUCAUAUUUUAGACCAGGAUAACAAAAGAGGACACAUUUUGUGUGUCAGCUAGUUUUCUCAGUUUGCUGCUUUGGUCUAAUAUUUGAAUUAUGCAAAAUAUUGUACAUGUAGAUUUUCUUCGGAGGUAUAUUUACUUUUUAUUUUUUUCAAGUUCUACAGAGCAAGAGAAAUUAAAUGAGAUCUAAUAUUUAAGCAUUAUAAAAUAAUACACAGAGAAGCUGUAUUACAUGUAAUCUUUUCAUUUCAGUAAUGAUAAGGAGAAAUGUCCAUUUUCUUUUAAUGCUUCUAAUUCACCUUCUUACCGAACAGACACACUUGUGAAACGAAAUCACCAGCUGAGUUUGAAAAAUAAAGGAAAACGUGAAAUAAUUUAUAAGCAAUAAUGUUUUCAGAAUCUGUAUUUACCAGUCACAGGCACACCCAUGAGCCAUGUACUUUUGUUAAUUUUAAAACAGCCUAGUGAACUCUUAGCUGACAUUGAGUAGAACAGUUCCGUUUAAGUAUAAUUUUUCUUUCAUUUCCUUUUACGAAGGACAGGCUGGAGCAGUUUCUUAAAAAGAAGUUUGUAACGUAAGUGUCUGUUGUAUUUGUUAAUGUCAUCGAGCUCCCCAAAUUAUAUGAUCUGUGUGUUAUUCCAAUAGUUAGAUUGUGUUUUAUGCCCCCAUACUAAACACUUGGUGUCAUUUUAUUUUUCAUAUUGAAUGUGGUAUAAAGCAGGGAUCACAAGUUCUGAUCUGCCUGAGAUUAGUGGAAGUUACACUCCCGAGUGGCAGUGGCCACCAUUUGAUGCCUAAACAAUAUUGGGCACCACUGAGAUAUGCAUGUCUUGGCGUUGCCCUUAAAGUGAAAUCCUCCUCUUAAUCUCUACAGUACUUGAACAUUAACACUCAACCCUCCCACUACUGUAACAGUAAUCAUUACAUUAUGUUUUAAUUAUAACAAUCCUAACCGAAAAAUAUUAUAUAAUAACAGAUAGGUAACAGUGAAGCGUGUAUUGGGGGAAAAUAUGCUGCUCGCUGUCAUUUACAACUACUGGUGACUGGACAGCUAUUGCUAGUGCAAAUAAGUUCCCCCAUGGUGGGGAACCCAAAUAACUAAAAAUGGGGGGGGUAUAGUGCCGUGACCCGCAGGUGUGGGUUAUUAAUAUAAACGGAAAGGCCAAGUGUCCCCCCAGACCCCACCCAUGAGCAGCGAGUGGGGACCCUAAUUAAAUAAGGGGGGCCUAAUGUCCCCUCCCCCUCAGGUUCCCACCCAUGAGCGGUGGGCAGGGACCCUAACAGACAAUGGGGGACCUGUUGUCUGCCCCCCCUGCAGCCCCCAUCCAUGAGCGGCGGGUGGGGCCCUAAGUAUUAAUGGGAGGGACCUGUUGUCUCCCUCCAGGUCCCCACCGAUGAGCGGCAGAUGUGAAUCCUAAUAGACAAGGGGACGGGACCUAUUGUCCUGCCCCCACCCAUGAGCGGUGUGUGGGGGCCGUAAAUGACAAUAAGGGGGAUAAUCCAUCUUCACCCAGCGAGGCACUGUGCAGACUGAGUUCCGCAGGGCAGGGAAAAGCUUAUAAAGCCUUCCCACGCCCUACAAUUUGACUCAGAGCACUCUGAUUGGUUGAUUCCAAGCCAACCAAUCAGAGUGCGUGACAGGUAAAUGAAGAGACUGACAGGUCACAGCACUCUAGUUGGUUUACUUGGAAUCCAACCAAUCGGAGUGCUGAGUCAUUUUACACAGCAUGCCGCACGCCUCCAUAAUUCCCGGGCUGGCCUUCCGCCCGCUGAGCUCACAUAUUCCAAGGCCCCAAGGCAAAAUUUCUAGGCGCCAUGGCGACCUGGCGCCUGGGGUUUGUCGAGCCCUGAGUAAAGGUGCCAUGAGACCUGCCACAAAUGAGGUUUUGAUAUCUCACAACUGGUAGCAGGUAGGAUGUGUUUUUGUAUUUUUUUUUUUUUUCAAAUUUGGGGUAUCCAGCCUAAGCCACCAUGGUAUGAAUGGAGAAAUUCUUUCAGUCUUCAACUAGUUAAUCUUUUGAUUUCAUACAUUUUCUGAAUCCGACGACUCAUGUUCAAAUACACAAAGUGCCCUAAAUUGCAUUUUACUUGGGGGUUUUCUUCUUCUAACUCUUAAACCAUAAAAUAUGUAUUUUUUUUUAUUAUUUAUUUAAAUGUAUUUUAUAUUUCUUCUUCCCCCCUUCUCCCUCCAAGAAUGACAUACACCGAAGCAAUAGAAGUUCUGAAGGAUGCACGUGAAAUAUUCCACUAUAAACCAGAGGUGGGUGCUUAGCCUGUACUUUUUUCUUUGUAACUUGUAAAAUUAUUAUUACCUCCAAUGCACAUUGCAUACAAUAAAAUAUUCAGUACAUUGUGAUAAGGUGAAUGGGGUGGUCUAUGAGGGAGUUUAUAUUUUGACUGAAUUGUUCAGAGAGGCAUAUGAUUUUUAACCCCAGGGGGAGUGUGUGUGUCUGUGUGUAUAUAACUUAAAUGAAUGUUUAGUUAUGGUCUCCUGGGGUGGAGCAUUUGGAGAGCAGGGUGGGCCAGUGUUCCACUCCGCUGUUUAUUGUUUUGUUCCUGGGAGACUAGGUCCAGACCAGGGUUUGGACUGUCUCCAACCCACUGCUCAGCUGCAGGUAAUCAGCUGCAGCAGUGGGAAUAAACCCCUCCCUGCUAGUCAGGUAGGGGAGAAUGUUUGUUUGUUUCUCUCUGGAAGGCUGGAAGCAGCAGGCUGGCUAAACACUGGAGUGCAGAGAGCCGACAAAGACACUAGGUUGGUGAAACCAAUAUUGUUUUGUUAUAGUUUAACCCCUGAGAGAUAGGGAAUCUGAUGUUAGGGCUCAGACGAGCUAGGUUUUUGUUUAUAGGGAUAUGUGUUACAUUAUUGUUUUUUUUUUUUUUCAUUUGCCGCUGUCUCUGUAGUGAAGCGCAACAAUAAAGUGCCUGGAAUUAAGUUACUUUUAAAGACUGUGCAUGUUUGUACCCAAAAGGGCCGUGCUAACUGCAGACAACAUGUUGAUGCGGACAAGGAGGUCUGUCUUACAUAUUUCAUCAUACAGUCAUAGUUAUCCAUUACAGUUACAAAAUGUGAACCAUCAUCACUGUCACUAUGCGCUGUUUCACAAUAGAUAGAUUAGCUUCACGUUGAAUUUCUAGUGAUGUACCAAAAUCUCCCUCAACUCAUUUGGAGCUCUCCAACGCAUCACUUGCUGCAACAUGGAAUCCACAAAUGUUUUGUGAGACAUAGCAAAAUAAGAAAUAAUAAUAUUUGACCCCCUGAGCUGUGAGCAGAGCCCUUUGCUCCCCAGACCUAAGAAGAAGACCUAGCUAAGAGCAGUCAACUUUGUCUUUUAUGCGCGAGCAAGCACCAUAAUCAUGUAAGUGUGUGUUAAUGUAUUUUUGACACAUUUCCCAAGGCACUCUGAGUAAAAGAGGUAAGAGGCCAUAGAAUACCAGGAUUUGAUGGACUUAACUCUAUCACAUUCCAGGUUCUGAUUCUCUGCAUGCUUUGGCUAUGGUUAGUUAAGCAGUUUAUAGUAUGUGCAGGAGGAGGAGCCCAUACACUCCAAUCGGUACCCGCUUGGAAUAAUUAAAAUAAUUCUGGUGAUUUAGGAAGACUAAUAUAUAUCACAUCCUGUAUCUGAUAAUGCACUUGAGCUGUGCAUGUCCACCAAAUCUGUAUCAUAAAGUAUCACUGACCCUUCAGCAGGCCGGAGAAACAGCUCUGUAAAUGUUAUUCAAAUGUGAAGGUGCUAGAUGCCAUCUCAUUGUUAAUUUAUAGUGCAUUUCAAGGUGGUUUGUACAUUGUGUUACUUUACAUAUAGAGGUUAUGGCCUCCCACGAAUCCAUCAAAGAAUAUUGACAUCCCAGCUCAGUCUGCCAGCGUUGCAUAUACAGUGGUUUAGCGUACUCUGGGGAUGAUGUCAUUAGUGCUCCAUAGUGCAUGGAUAGUAAUUUUUUGCUGUCUGGGUAAAUAUCUGGCUACUAAGGAUGUGCUGUUGUGUGACUCGGUGGUUUGGUGUUUAAACACAGGUAAUACAUGUUUUUGAAUAAUCCCUGUUACUCUGAGAUGGAGAAAGAGAUCUCUAGAUGGCAGCCCAUGUCUCGUCAUUAAUACCAGGAAAGGGAGCAGUCCUCGAUUUCCUAUUCGUUGGAAAAUAUUCGUAUUCCUCAGCAUUGUCCACCUGGACAUAGAUAGAUCCGGAACUAGUAAUUCAAGAGUUCCCAAGGGAGCCUGACUAGGUAUACACUCCUUGACUCCGUGUGAGAUCAGGUAACCAUUCCAAGUAUGCAGAGCCUAUACUCUAACCUUCCUCAAUCUAGGGGGUGCCACACAAUCCAACACGUAGGGUGCUGGCGUGCAGCCUCUCUAAACUUGUAUCCAUUGGAUUGUGUGUUAUGUAGAAGCAACCAGAUAGCUUGUGAUAGUAUUGUGACUUUAUAAUAUUCUUUCAGAUUUGGGACACCCAGACCACCUCUAGUUGGUUGGAUUGAUUGAAAAAAGGCCAGUGGAGAUUGCAGUGGUAGCAUCCUAAAAAUAUAUAAUAUUUUAGGAAGGAGUAUCAUCUUGCAGGUACUUACGCGGCUCCACCAUGAUAGUGUUAAGUGUGUUCGUGUGUAGCCUGUCCAUUUUUAAGACCGUGUUUCUCAAUAUCACUUCAACUAUUUCCCUUUUCCCAUCAUUGAGAUUUCUAAAGAACAUUACACAAUGCUGCAAGUCUUUGUUAAGUUUUCUAUGAAACAGAAAAACAAUGACAUGCAAAUUGGAAACUUGUUUAUUUGUAUUUUUUUAAUUUGCAGAUUACCUAUUUUUUGUUUUUUGUUUUUUUAACAGUUCUUACAGCUAAUACUUUAUUGAAAUGCAGCACAAUAUAUGAGUAAACAAAAUCAUACAUAGUUCUAUCAUAAACCAUACAUAGUACUAAACAAGUUACAGUGUUCACUUAGGAUUAGACACAUUAACAGAGUGUUUAUUCUGCGAGAACAGUAAAGCCGUGGCUUAUGGGAUGGAGAUUUACAUUUUUAUUUAUUAUUUGUUAAUUUUGAACUAAGAGGGUUAAGAAAACAUGGCAGAACCACAUUAAAAAGAUUAAAUAGAGUGCAAGGUAUUGGGAAAGAUGAUAUUUGUAUAUCAUUAUACUUUUCAGUUCCCCUUUGAGACUAUCACUAUUAUUAUAAUUAUUAUUAUAUUUAUAUAGCACCAACAAGUUCUGUAGUGCUUUACAAUGGGUGGACUAACAGACACGUAAUUGUAACCAGACAAAUUGGACACACAGAAACAGAGGGGUUGAGGACCCUGCUCAGUGAGCUUACAUGCUAGAGGGAGUGGGGUAAAGUGACACAAAAGGUAAGGGAAGUAUUAGGGAAGUAGAUUGACAGAAUAGUAUUCAAUGAAGAAUUAGUCUGGGGUUUGUUUGGAGCCAUUAACAGUUUAAUUGAUAUGCCUUUUGGGGAAAAGUGAGUUUUUAAUGAUUUUUUUUUAAGGAGUGGAAACUAGUUGAGCAUCUAACGGAAAAGGGAAGGGAGUUCCACAGGAACGGUGCAGCCCUAGAGAAGUCUCAUAAAUCCGUGGUUCUCAAGUUAACUCUAUAGGGUCAGGAAUACAUGUUUGCUGUUUUCUGUUGUGAUCCUGUAAAGACUGUCUUUACAGGAUCACAACAGAAAACAGCAAACAUGUAUUCCUGACCCUAUAGUGUUAACACCACCAUCUAGCCCCUCAUGCCUCCAUAAAUAUAGUAAAAAUCUUACUGUAUUCAAGCCUGAAGCUGUAAAUCUGCAUGCUUUUAGACUCAGAAAAACAAGCAGUCUGCUGACAUGUGAUAGCCUGAUCCAACCACAGUGCUUCCCCAUAGGAUUGGCUGAGACUGACAAAGAGGCAGAUCAGGGGCAGAGCCAGCAUGAUUCAAACACAGCCCUGGCCAAUCAGCAUCUCCUCAUAGAGAUGAAUUGAAUCAAUGAAUCUCUAUGAGGAAAGUUCAGUGUCUGCAUGCAGAGGGUGGAGACACUGAAUCACAGGAUGCUGUGCACCGUGCUGCACUGUGCUCUGCUGACAGCAAAUCUGAGUGGAUAGAGACAUAUUACGCCUCCAUCAACUCGAAGUCCCUCUGGUUCACUCUGAGUGACUGCAACUGGAGGUGUUCCUAGCUUUCAAUGUUUACAUGAGAAAGCCUGCAGAGAGCUAUAGUUCUCACCUGAACAAUCUCAUUAAGCUGAAGUUGUUCAGGUGACUAUAGUGUCCCUUUAAAGACAACCAAAAAGCCAGAAUUUAAGAUUUGUGUUGAUCCCCUUCAUUACCAAAUUCUAUGGGUGGGAUGGGAUGGAGACCACAUUACAGAAAUGGAGGAGAGGGGAUGAUGGUUGUGUGUUUUUUGUUUUGUUUUUUUUCUCUCUCUGGUAUGAGUUGGGUAUCUCUGUUCAGCCAUUCUCUGUUUUUGACCCUAAUAUAUUUUUUGUUCCUUUUCCCUUAUUAUUGUAUUUCUUUGUAUUUACAAUUACUUAAGAAUUCUGAAACAAAAUGGAAAGACAUGACAGCAUCACCUUGUUGUUAUACUUUACCGCCGAUAUUCUCAUCAUUAAAUUUAGCACCACCAUAUUUUACAGUACAGCAUACAGUGAUCAAAGAGACACUCCAGACCCAUACUGACAGCUAGCUCUUCAACCUGAAGGGAAGAGCUUAGGGAAGCAUUGGUCAGUGCUUCUUAUGGGAAGUAUUUUAUUGGGUGACUGGGAGAGGAGACUGCCAUCACUGCCAUGCUCACCAGUGUCGCAAGAGGAAUCGUCAUUGAAUGAAAAAGUGAAGCAGCUGAAUUUUUUGUUUUUCUCAUUUGGGGUGGGCGUCGGGCACUGUAGGAGUUAAAGGAACACUUCAAUAUUUAAAACCAUGCAUUUAUGUUAAUAAGAGAGUGUUCCUUUGAAGUGUAUAGUAAUAAAACAGACAGAAACCGACUGACAGUACAUUUUUUUUUUUUAAAGCUCUUCCCUUAAGCUUCUAGUCUGUAGUUUUCAGUGUCUCUGCUCUGCUCACAUCACUCAUUGUAAACCAGUGACGUUGACCAUCCAUGUUCUCCUCUCACAGCCUCAGAGGAUCGUACAUGUAUAGCAUGUGCUAGUUACACCACUCUCCUCCUGUUUGUAGAGAUUCUUUCAGAUGCAGAUUUUGUGUUGUCACUUAUUUUAAAAGUUGACUCUUAAUGAAUAUUUUGUUUUGUGGGUCUUGUUUUUUGUUUGUUUUUUCUGCAGUGGGGAUGUGAUUUACAAACAGAGCAUGAAAGGUAUCUGGUAAAACACUGUGGCAACGUCCCAUUGUUCGUCAUCAACUAUCCGUACGACCUCAAACCAUUCUAUGCCCGCGACAAUGAAGAUGGACCCCAGCACACAGUGAGUACUGAGAAUGACUUGAGCAAAGCACCUUGUAAAACGUGUAAAUAACCCCAUGUCUACUACUGAUUGCUGAUUCAGUGCAAUCAGAAAUCAGUAGCAGACAUGGGGUUAUUUACACGUUUUACAAAAUUUAAGCUAAAUUUGUUAAACAAAAUAAAUUCUUGCUUACAUGCUACUAUUUUGUUGUACUUUCCCAACGAGAGCUUAGUGUUAUGUCUGGUAAGGAGUGAACUGGUGUUCACUGCACAGCAGUUUGUUCUAGCUAUCUAGUGAUUAAUAUUUUAUAUAUUUUUCUUUUCAAAUGAGUCAAGCUUUUGGUAAGAAAAAGACUCCUCUUAGUGAACAUAUGUUAAGGUCCAGUAAGUAUGUUAGCUGGUCAAUGUGUAUAGACUUUGUUUCUUUACGUUUUACAUAACUUGUGUUGAGCUUCAUCACCACUUGGAUAAGUGCCUCUAAAGAAUUGUGCCUUACACAGCGGCAGAGCUUUCGUGGUUGGUACACGGUGUGCUAAAAGAAAUAAGUUUAGACGUUGGUAUGUCUGGGGAUCAAUUUACAAAUCAGGUUUCUCGUCCUUUUGCUGGAGAGCAUUUGGAUUGAUUGCAAAUAUAGAAAGGGUGAGCAUUGAUUUCAAAUCCUGAGCAAAAAAGGGCAGAUGCCUUGAAGUAUGUGUGAAUUUAUCUUGCCAUCCUAGGUAGCACAAAAUCAUGUAUGUAUUUAUCGGCAAGGGCAAGACCGUGAGAGAGAUGUUUCCGUUAUUACAUUCUUUUCAUGUGAGUACUGAUAUGUAUGCGUGGUUAGAUGGGUUUACUUCAAAACUACGUGGUUUAUUAUGGGUGUUUUUAAACUGUAAUGAACACAAAUAUUUGAUACAAAUCCAUAGACAUCUGACAUAGACGUAUGACAAUAAUUAUAAUAAUAUGGUAAAAAUGUUUGUGGCUUUUUAAGAUGCUUUUGAAUGAUACAAUUGGGUAGAUUGGUUUUUCCUACACUAGUUCUGAGGGGCAAACGAUUACAUUUGAUAUAUAUUCUAUUAUAGUAAAUUCUAUUCUAUUCUAUUAUACAAACACUCUUAUGGAAUCCAACACGACUUACUGAUGAAUUGGAGUGUUUUCCCAGAUUAGCUAUUUUGAUCCAAUAUUUACUAAAAGUGAUAUAGUGUGUCUUUAUAUUGUAUUGUAGUAUGGUAAAAGUAUAUAAAGCAUUAAUUUUACUAAAAUGGUCAGUUUUAAGAUAAUUAUUGGUCUUGCUAUCUGUUUGAACAUACCAUUCUCAGAUAAAAUGGACUUUGCACUUAUUUAACCCUUGUUCUGUCUAUAAGAAAUGUGAACAAAUGUAGCCCUCAGCGUUGGUGUUACCAAGGAGUCCUGUUGUCUCAGUUCAGGAUUUGUCACGUGUGUGUGUUAAUUUCUGCUGAUCUGGUUUGUGUUAAACCCACACACUUUCCAGACACUUCCACAUUACGAUAUUUCUCCAAUCUAAUUUUAAACGUAGUCCCACAUCAAGAAAUGAAAGUUACUGAACGAUUUACAUAGCCGUUAACGUAAUAUAUGAUAAAGACAAAAUAGAGACAUGAAAUAUGAGAAGAAAUUAGACAUUACAAAAAACACAUCCCUUAUUGGGAUUUCAGUCAUAACGCAGCUAGGGAUACAACGGAUGACCAGAAUUUCUCAGUUAAGAAAAGUCUCUAAAUUAUACCUUUACACCCAGGGCUUAAAAGAAUGCUAUAGUGCUAGGAAUACAAAUCUAUUCCCCUAGCACAAGACUACCCUCUUCCCACAUCCCAACCCCCCUCCAAAUCCUUGCUGUACUUACUACCCAAUACCGGUGCCGAUGUUCCCCCUUCCGAUGUCACUCGAUGGGGGUGCUAAUGCGCCACCAGCACAUUAGGUUCUCCCCAUAGGAAAUCAUCCCUGCAAUGCUUUCUAUGGAUGUCCUCAUGCAGAGCGUGAUUGACAGCUACUAGAGGCAGUCUUAACACUUCAAUGUAGUUAUUGCAGUUUCUCAGAAACUGCAAUAAUUAACAUUGCAGGUUUAAGGGGACAGGGAUACUGCACCCAGACCACUUCAAUGAGCUGAAGUGGUCUUGGUGCCUAUAGUGUCCCUUUAAAAUGUCUACUUGCCAUUGGCAAUUGGAAGUUUAGUCCUUCCGAGCUUGUCCAUCACUAAGACAUAGUUUCUAUAGAAAUUGGACAAUUCUGAUGAUUCUCUUUUGCAAAUUAUAUUCACUGAUCAGUAUUUGCAGUGUCAGAUGUCUCAAUUAAAAUCCAGUGUUUGUCAUAAUUAUGUAUUGUCUAUCCACCAUAAUGUUGUCCUACUUGCAGAGUUUUGUCAUGUUUUUGUGAUAUCCGUAUUGUCACACCAGUUUAGAAACAUAGAAUAUGAUGGCAGAUAAGAACCAUUCGGCCCAUCUAGUCUGCCCAAUUUUCUAAAUACUUUCAUUAGUCCCUGGCCUUGUCUUCUAGCUAGAUGGCCUUAUGCCUAUCCCACGCAUGCUUAAACUCCCUCACUGUGUUAACCUCUACCACUUCAGCUGGAAGGCUAUUCCAUGCAUCAGUUACCAAAUAUUGUCAGCAACUGCACAAUUCCUGGAUAUAACCUGCUUGACCGAGGAAAGGGUAUCUGGGUAACCAGUGUAACCUGCUGCAGGUUCCUUCGGGAGAUGGUAGCGGCCAAUUUAAAGAAUGCUAUGACAUUAUACAGUUGCAAGAAAAAGUAAGAGAACCCUUUGGAAUGAUAUGGAUUUCUGCACAAAUUGGUCAUAAAAUGUGAUCUGAUCAUCAUCUAAGUCACAACAAUAGACAAUCAAAGUCUGCUUAAACUAAUACACUAACACACAAAGAAUGAAAUGUUGCCAUGUUUUUAUUGAACACACCAUGUAAACAUUCACAGUGCAGAUGGAAAAAGUAUGUGAACCCCUAGACUAAUGACAUCUCCAAGAGUCAAUUGGAGUGAGAUGUCAGCCAACUGGAGUCCAAUCAAUGAGAUGAGAUUGGAGGUGUUGGUUACAGUUGCCCUGCCCUUUAAAAAACACACACCAGUUCUGAGUUUGCUUUUCACAAGAAGCAUUGCCUGAUGUGAAUGAUGCCUCACACAAAAGAGCUCUCAGAAGACCUACGAUUAAGAAUUGUUGACUUACAUAAAGCUGGAAAGGGUUAUAAAAGUAUCUCCAAAAGCCUUGCUGUUCAUCAGUCCACGGUAAGACAAAUUGUCUAUAAAUGGAGAAAGUUCAGCACUGCUGCUACUCUCCCUAGGAGUGACCGUCCUGUAAAGAUGACUGCAAGAGCACAGUGCAGACUGCUCAAUGAGGUGAAGAAGAAUCCUAGAGUGUCAGCUGAAGACUUACAAAAGUCACUGGCAAAUGCUAACAUCCCUGUUAGCGAAUCUACAAUACGUAAAACACUAAACAAGAAUGGAUUUCAUGGGAGGGUACCACAGAGGAAGUCACUGCUGUCCAAACAAAACAUUGCUGCAUGUUUACAGUUUGCACAAGAGCACCUGGAUGUUCCACAGCAGUACUGGCAAAAUAUUCUGUGGACAGAUGAAACCAAAGUUGAGUUCUUUGGAAGAAACACACAACACUAUGUGUGGCGAAAAAAAGGCACAGCACACCAACAUCAAAACCUCAUCCCACCUGUGAAGUAUGGUGGUGGGGGCAUCAUGGUUUGGGCCUGCUUUGCUGCGUCAGGGCCUGGACAGAUUGCUAUCAUCGAAGGAAAAAUGAAUUCCCAAGUUUAUCAAGACAUUUUGAACUUAAGGCCAUCUGUCUGCCAGCUGAAGCUCAACAGAAGAUGGGUGUUGCAACAGGACUGUGGCGAAACCAACCUCGCCACUAUGCACUGGAGAAGCCUGGUUGCCAGCCUCCUGCCAUCUGACUAUGGCCCCCUUGUGAAUUCAUACUUUUGUAUGCAAUAUUUGGGCAUGUGACAUUUUUAUAUUGCUGCUACUGGCCCUUUAAGGGCCAUCCGUGGACAUAUUCUGACUGUUAGGAAUAAUGCCCUUUAAGAUUGUGCAGCAAAUUGCAUUCAGGCUGUAUUUAAUAUUAUGUGUUCGGUAAACAGUGUUAUGUGUAUGCAGCAUUCGUCUGAUUGUUCGGUAGAAUUACUCCAUUCAUUAUAUUGGGUGAAACUACCGAACAACCAGACCACCCUGGAGUAAGUGUGCCUUCAAUUACCGUUUGCAACAAUGUUGCAAACGGGUAAUUGGCAAUAUGUGUAAUGUGUGUUUUGUCCUCUGGGUGGCCGCCAUUCGGGAAACGAACACGUGGCGGCGGCCAUCUUAAACUCCCGAACAGCGGUGUUUUGCCGUCGAGUGUCUGGAACUAAAAUCGGACACUCGACUAAGCAAACACCGCUGAGACCUCCAGACUUCCAGCAAUUCGUGCAGAAACUACCGAACGGCCCGCCGUUCGGUAGAAAGGAUCCCACGAACAGGGGGAUUCAUACGAAUCCUCCCCAAGCUCUAUAACCCAGGCAAUUCGUGUGAUUCAUUCCCUUUUCUGUGACCGACUGCAGGGCCAAAGUACAUGGAACUAUUUUCGGAUACUUUUGCCAUGCAGUCGGUCAAAACUUUAACCCUUUAUAAUUCCUGAACCCCUGGUCCGAUCUGGGUGAUUUUUGGAUAUGUGUCUCACCCAGAUCAGGGUUACCAGGGGAUGUAACAUUUAAAGGGGUAUUCCUAUGUUUAGGGGUACAUCCAGUAUCCCAGGGAAUUUGUGUCUGUACUAAUGGGAUUAUGUGUCACACUAAGGGGAGGAGAUGUGUGGGAGGUAACUGGUACAUUAUUGGCUGGGGUACUAAUUGUUGUGGAUCCCUCCCUUGCAUGGGAGAAUGUCUUAAAAGGAGGCUGUGUGAAUAAAUCGAGAGAUUCUGCUUAACCCUCAAAACGAAGUGUCGUCUCGUUAUUGGGGGAAUUGGAUUGUGUGCUGACUGCCAGGAGUGUAAGCCGUUCGUAUUGCUUUUCCUGUUCGGCUGCUUCCAGAGUUCGUGUAUUUCUUGUUCGUGAGUUGGGGAUUCGUACAGUUUGGAGUUCGGGAGGUUGGUGAUUGCAAUAGCUGCUGGUCUAUGGGAAAGGGGAUUAUCGCCUAAACGGAUUUAUCCCCUUGUGAGAGAAACGGUCCGUUACAAGGACAAUGACCCAAAGCAUAGAAGUAAAUCAACAACAGAAUGGCUUAAACAGAAGAAAAUACGCCUUCCGGGGUGGCCCAAGUCCCGCACUCAACCCGAUUGAGAUGCUGUGGCAUGACCUCAAGAAAGCAAUUCACACCAGAGAUCCCAAGAAUAUUGCUGAACUGAAACAGUUCUGUAAAGAGGAAUGGUCAAGAAUUACUCCUGACCGUUGUGCACGUCUGAUCUGCAACUACAGGAAACGUUUGGUUGAAGUUAUUGCUGCCAAAGGAGGUUCAACCAGUUAUUAAAUCCAAGGGUUCACAUACUUUUUCCACCUGCACUGUGAAUGUUUACAUGGUGUGUUCAAUAAAAACAUGGCAACAUUUCAUUCUUUGUGUGUUAUUAGUUUAAGCAGACUGUGAUUGUCUAUUGUUGUGACUUAGAUGAUGAUCAGAUCACAUUUUAUGACCAAUUUGUGCAGAAAUCCAUAUCAUUCCAAGGGUUCACAUACUUUUUCUUGCAACUGUAAAUACUUGUAUAUUUAUAACAUUAGAGUGUUCCUUGUGCCUUUUAGAUUUAGGUCCUCCUUAUAGCAAGUUAAAUAAUAAUGUCAAACUCGCCUAUCAUCCAGCAAUGUGCCAGUCUCGCCACUGUUGCUUCUCCUCCUUCAUAAAAGAUCUGGAUAGAUGAUCUCAGCCAAUCAAAUGCUUCUCCAUUGGGACCCUAUAACAAAUGUCCAAAAGGACAAUACUUUGCUAAGGUAGACUUAACUGUGUUCGGUGUCAUCAUGAUGAGAAAGUGCCUGUAGUAGCUGUUUGACUGCCUCUAUAUUCACACUUACUGACAGAUUUAAAGAUAACCACUUCUCACAAAUGGCAGUGCUUACAGUUGUCACAGUGCAGGGACAGUAAGCCCUCUUUAUUAUGCUGCAGGUGCUCAGAGUGUCCCUUGUUUUGAGAUUUCUCACCUAUUAAAUAGGCUGCCUAUUAAAACUUUUCAUAGAACCUUGUGCAAUUUUUUUCCCACCCAUUCAAUGCAUUUGGUUAGGCAAAUCUCUAUAUAUUGUGAUGGUUAUGGCUUGUCAUUAAGGGGGUAAAUUCGGUAUUUCAGCAAACUCUCCCCUGGCAAUUUAACCCCUUAAGGACAUAACUUCUGGAAUAAAAGGGAAUCAUGACGGAAUAGUUCCGUCAUGUGUCCUUCAGAGGUUAAAGGGACACUCUAAGCACUAUUACUACUACAGCUUACUGAAGUUGUUAUGGUGCCAGGAUAACAUCUUUGCAGCAUUUCCUUUUAAUAGUUAAUCAAACUAACACAAUAGGACUUUUAAGCGAACUUCGCCUACUAGAUCUGACAGAGAAAAGCUGGAAAUUACACUUCUAGGCUCAUACCACUUAGUUGGUCAAUGCUCUAAUGGAGGGACUGACAGGCACUGCUAACCGGGACCAAGAGCUUGCAAGUGACCAGUCUCUGUGAUGAAAGCUCAUGCUCAUCCACGCAGAGACAGGAAAAGUGUUUGGACUUGCAAGUGUUCACUCUUGGGGAGCAGCUCCUGCAAGUCCCUCCACAUCAACAUACCCUGUCCGAGAGAUCUGGGAAGUGUUAUUCCCGCUCUCUGACUGAUGGGACUAUGAGUUCCUCUUUCCUAUUUGCUUAAAGGAUCACUAUAAGUUCAGAAACACAAACAUGUAUUCCUGACCCUUUAGGGUUAAAUCCACCAUCUAGCCAUUCUGUUCCCCUUAUGCCUCCCUAGAAAAUAGUAAAAUCUUACUGUAUUCAAGCCUGAAGGUGUAACUCUGCAUGCUGUUAGACUCAGAAAAACAAGCAGUCUGCUGACAUCAUCAGAAGUGGUGGCCUGAUCCAAUCACAGUGCUUCCCCAUAGGAUUGUCUGAGACUGACAAGGAGGCAUAUCAGGGGCAGAGCCAGCAUGAUUCAAAAACAGCCCUGGCCAAUCGGCUUCUCCUCAUAGAGAUGAAUUGAAUCAAUGAAUCUCUAUGAGGAAAGAUCAGUGUCUGCAUGCAGAGGGAGGAGAUACUGAAUGUUUGGAUGCAUUUUAGGCAGCCAUGACCCAGGAAGGAUCUCUAGCAGCCAUCUGAGGAGUGGCCAGUGAGGUUAUCACUAGGCUGUAAUGUAAACACUGCAUUUUCUCUGAAAAGACAGUGUUUACAGCAAAAAGCCUGAAGGUAAUGAUUCUACUCACCAGAACAAAUUCAAUAAGCUGUAGUUGUUCUGGUGACUAAAGUUUUCCUUUAAAUAUUGAAAAAAAUGAGUUCAGGGAUGCUCUCCUGGCAAAAUAACCACUCAUUAUGCUGAAGUGAUUAUGGUGCCUCUUCAGUUGAAUGUUUUUGAAAUAUUCCUUUAGAAACAAUGUAUUGCCCAUUACAGUUUUAUGUUGAGUAAUUCCUAAUGCUAAUUGAUCUUUUCACAUAUUUUAUUGUUCAGUCCCAAAAGCCUACUGAUAUGCUUUAAUGUCAUCAUUCUCAUUUUCUGUGUUGUUUUUAGGGAAGGGGAUUUUUAAUGCUCUGAUCAUUAAACCCUUACCCUAUUUGCUUUGUAUAAGCAGACAGAUAACUGGAUAUACACAGAUAUGAUUGUCAGAGUAUUCUCUCUCCCCUGUAUUUUCCCGCCAUGUUGACCUGGAGACCUGUUUUCCACAGGCCGCCGCUGUGGAUCUGCUUGUGCCCGGCAUAGGAGAGCUGUUUGGAGGGAGUCUCAGAGAAGAACGAUUUGACGUCUUGCUGUCUCGACUAGAGAGGUACUUUAAAUCACACUGGGCAGGGCUUAAGAUGUCAUGUCCUGCGCUACUAGUCAGGCCUUAUAAGCCACUGCAAGUCUGAAGGGGGCAUGGCACACACACCAGGGGUACAUUUCUACUCGCAAGUCCUGUCGCCAUGUCACUGGGUAAUAUGUUGCUCACAAAUUCAAUUAAAGGGGCUUUUCAUGCUUUGUUACAGUUUGGUUUUCUGCGCAUAAGACUCUUUACAGGUUUUUUUUUAUCACACCAGACUACGUGCAUGUGUUUUUGUUUUAGAAAGUUUUUAGUUUUUUUUCUUCUUGAUUCUAGGCCAUUCACUGUUGGUUUUUGUUUUUGUUUUGUUUUUCUAACAGAUUAGGACUAACCGACACGUAUCAAUGGUAAGUAAAGUGUGUUAAUCUGAUAUCACAUUCCUUUUUAACUGGUAUGGUAAAGAUGUCAACAAGAUUUAAAUGAAAUAUUGGGGAGAGUCAUCAAAGUAUCCACUCUUUAAAGCCUAAUUCUCUGCCUUAAUUUGUUUGGUCUUAUUUUUGUAUUAUUUUUUUUCAGAUUUUGAUCUAUUGCCGUUGUUUCCGCCCCAAACCAUCAUAUUUAAAUACGCUCAAGUUUGUUAUGAAAUUGCCAUGUAUUUAUAUGUCUAUUUUUUCCGACAGAAAAGUGGUCUGUUUUACUUUCAACCACUCUAAAUUUGUCUUCUGAAAAGGAAAUUUCUGCAAAAACUGGCAAUUUUCUCAAAUCGCUUUUAAAACACUAUAAUAAAAACAAUCAAAAUAAUGAUGGAAUUUAAGCAUCACUUUUCAGAACACUUUGAUCGAUACACUUUGAUCAUUGUGUUACUACAGCGUUUGUAAUAAGUGUGGUUUUCUCUCCCGAUGUGGCCACAGUUCACAGGUACAUAACUUGUGUGAUAUAUCUGUCUAUACUUAUAGCAUAACAUAAUGAGUAAGGGAACUCACAGGACUGCUGCUCUUCAGUUUUCAGUAAUCGGAGAUACAAAAAACCUGGCAACAUUACUUCUUCAUUGAGGGAAUUUACUCCAACCAAGUCAAUGAUCUGGCAACGUUUCGACAACAAAUGGUGCCUUUGUCAAGCCCAGCUUCUAUCAAGUGUGUGAACAUGAAUCUCGCCAUGAGAAUCUUGUAUAUACAGUUUUCUGUGUAUGUAUAAGAUUUCUCUAUAUUCUGUUUUCACUCAUCUUUUUAUGUUCCCAAAACACAUCCUUAAAAAAUAUCCAUUAGUGAAAAGAUUCAGAACUAAUUUACAUUGAGUUCUCUAGAUUGUUGACAACAUGAGCCAUAUUUCCAUUGCGAUUCAAGAUCAAAAAUGUCCCACUAUAACCACAAGAGAAAAAAAAUGUCACGAAUUUGUAGUUUGAGCCCAAUUGUAAGACAUCUGGAGAAGCUUAAAACUUAAAGGAAAAUACUACACAAUCACCAUCACACCAUUCCAAAAAACAUCAGUUCCUAUUGUAUAAUGAAUCUGGUUGUGCAUUGAAUUGGGCAUAUAUGUAACCUGCGUGUAGAAUGGGGGAGAGCAACAUUUUUUUAUUUUUUUAUUUUUAUUUUUUUUGCCUCUUUCAGCCUAAUGUCUGUAUGACCCAAUGAAAGUCCAGUGUUUCGGUUGGAGGGGAGAAGGUUUUGUGUUUUGUUCAAUAAGCCCUUGGCUUUUAACACAUGAUUGUUGCUUACAAAGUGGGAGGGGAGCAGAUCUGAAAAGCAAACCACAUCAGACAUGUGAGGCUGGCUCUUUAGACCCACACUGCUCCCAUAUGAAUGCCAUUCAUACAGUGUUAUUUAAAGUUAGCUGACAUCAUCGCUGUCUCACUGUCUAAUUUCACCUGUUGGUUGUUCGCUUUCUCCUUUACUUGUCUAGAUUUAUUUGUCUAGGUGUUCUUUGACUCCAACCUCUUAUUCAUGCCUCAUGUUCAGUCGAUCGCCAAAUCCUGCCGCUUCCAUCUCAAAAACAUUGCACGCAUCCGACCCUACUUAAAUCCAGAUGCGACUAUGGUGCUGGUCCAUUCGACUGUCCUCUCUCGCCUUGACUAUUGUAAUCCACUUCUCAGUGGUCUUACGUGCUCCCAACUUGCGCCGUUACAGUCCAUAAUGAAUGCAGGGGCAAGGCUCAUCUUCCUGUCCACCCGCACCUCCCACGCCUCACCCUUCUAUCAGUCCCUACAUUGGCUUCCUGUAAGAUAUAGAGCUCAAUUUAAAAUUUUGAUUCUUGCUUUCAAAUCUCUUCAUAAUGCUGCUCCCACCUAUCUAUCCUCCCUAAUACACAAGUAUGUCCCAUCUAGGCCCUUACGAUCUGCUGAAGACUUAUGUCUAUCUUCUGUCCAUACUCCCACCUCUGAUGCUAGCCUUCAAGAUUUCUCGAGGGUUGCACCGUUCCUGUGCAACUCACUUCCCUCCUCCGUUAGAUGCUCACCCAGUCUCCACUCCUUCAAAAAAUCAUUAAAAACCUACUUCUUCAUAAAAGCGUAUCAAUUAAACUGUUAAUAGCCCCCAACUGAUUCCUCUCUUGCAACUGUCAGUCUUGCAAAAGUCCUUACCUUUUUGUGUCAUUUUACCCCACUCCCUCUAGCAUGUAAGCUCAUUGAGCCGGGCCCUCAACCCCUCUGUUCCUGUAUGUCCAACUUGUCUGAUUACAACUACAUGUUUGUUCGUCCAGCCACUGUAAAGCGCUGCGGAAUUUGUUAUAUAAAUAAUAACAUAACAUCAACAACCUAUGGAAUUCUCUCCAAGCGUUAGAUCAGAGAGGCCUAAAAGAUAGAUCUGCAGAUGUUUUAAAACUACAAUUUCCAUGAUGCUUCGUUAUUCUAAAGGCUGGUAGAACAGAUGUAGUCAUAUGGUUAUCUCACUUUUAGGCACCUCUGAUUUAAAUACUAAAUAUUAGGUUAAUUUUCUAAAAAAUAAAACCGAACAGUUUUCUAAAACAUACAAUCUAACAUAUAAGCAACCAACUUUAUUGUAUUCUGUUUUUGUUUUGUUUUUUUCUUUCUACCAUUUAAUUUUCUUAUUUUUUGUCUCAUUAAACAGGUAUUUAGAUAUACGGAAGUUUGGGUCCGUCCCCCAUGGAGGCUUUGGAAUGGGAUUUGAACGCUAUCUGCAAUGUAUUUUGGGAAUAGACAACAUCAAAGAUGUCAGCCCAUUCCCUAGAUUUCCUUACUCCUGUCUUUUAUAAAGACCUAAAAAACAUUAAUAUAGAUAUUUACUUGAUUUCAAUGAAAGAAGCCAGAAAACCACAGAAGUAAGCAUUGAGCAUCAUAUCUUAAAGGUAAUCUGCAGACAUCUGGAAGAAAUCGUUACCUUAAACAGAUAAUGUGAACAAAAAGCAAUAAAACACUCUGGAACAUGUGCAACGCAAGGGUUUAAACAAGGACAAUCAUGUUUAAAGGGUUUCAUUCUCUUGUCUCUUACAUUAAAUGCCCUCUUGUUCAUUGUCAUUUUAUAUUGUGUUUUGGGAACUCUUAUGUAACAUUGAACCUUUUUCUGGGAAAUGAUUAGCUUGUUGUAUAAAUCUUCUAAAACAUUUGUUUUCAACGCGUGUCAUUUAUAGUUGCCUAUCUUCCUUAUUGUAGCACAGCAUGUAUACCCUGUUUUGUUGAUUUAAUGCAAACUUUAAUUUGUUUUCUUCUAACUAUCUUUAAAAGAUUUUUUUCUUUUCUGAGCCAUACACCAAAGAUCAAAGUCAAGGACCUCUUGUAUAUUUAUUAACUCAUUACAACGGACUCAAAACAUCCCUUUGCAAGUCACAAAAUAAAGGUUGGGCCAGGGAAAGCUAGC